ACCGCUGAUAAAAUUGCAGAAUUGGCGGCCUCGUAGCUGGGCCGAAAAAGUCGCCGACUAUGUUUCCCUGGUAAGAUUUGCCUCUUGAGAGUUUAUUCGCCGAAAUCUUUUGGCUUAACAAUAUAAUUGCUACGUUUUCUCCGACAGUAUACAGGGUUUAAGCACUGCUAUUCUCUUAUGCGUGCUUUUGAAGCACGGCGUUUCGACCCAGGACGCUGCCGUUCCUCCAAGUAGGUCAUUUAUAUUAUUUGCUCUAUUAGAUGUUGUUGUAAUGGCCUUUAUUUUGGAAAACUAUAGGUGGAAAUAAUAGACGACUAGUGAAACAGAGCGGAAUAAAGCGAUCGUGUCUGCACUCUCCUUUCGAGUAAUGCAAUCUCAACAAUGGGCGACUUGUGAUCUCUAUCAAAUGCCAAUUUGUUAUGUUCUUCGAGUGAAAUCAGAGGUGUAAGCUCGUUGCACAAAUCUUUUUCUUUUCUGAUUUGACUUGCAUUGCUAGUGAAAGGCAUCCUUUUCUUAGCUUUUUAUCUCCAGCUCAUAUAAUCACGGAAAAUCAUUAUAGUAUUUUCUAAUUUGCUACCUAAUUUUGCUGUUGGUUACACAUCGCAUUAUUAUUGUUUUAUUAUUUUACUUUCUUUCUCGUGGACGGUGAUAGACAAAUUUUAAAACUUUUCAGCGAAUAACACCACUAUUUAUCAGCAUCACCGUCGGUUCCGAAGUUACGUUUCUUGUUUGCUUAUAACAUUGAGAGCAACCUUGUUAUAUACAAUCCAGGGAUAAGAUAUAACGGUGCAUUUACUUAUAAAAUUAUUACAAUUAGAAAUGACAGAAUAUCAUAAAAGAUUCUGUCGUCCACUAAAUAUGCCUGUUUAAGUUUUGUAUCAGAUUAUAACGGUGACAAAGAUAUGUUUAAACUUCAUCGGAUAAUUACACUCAGCAAAUAGAGAAUUGCUUUGCGCACACUGUAACAACCUUCAGAACAAUGAUGUAUUGUCUGUGAAUCUUUCAUAAGUGAAAAUGCGUCGGCAAUUGUACUUCGGCUUUUGUGUAACCGAAUUGGAACUCUUGUCAUCGAGACUAAAAGCGAAAUGUUAUAAUCUCGUUCUUUAUUAUGCGAUGAUUCCAUGCUCAGAAGCUUCUUGCAACAAAAUUGCUGUUUUCAUUCACCGAGCGAAACGUGAUCCCAAAGGAAACAGUCAAUCAUUGUUUAAGAGAGAUCUCCCGACGCACUUGUAGACACCUCUUUCACCUCUUUACAACACGCGCACGAUGCCCAGCUCAUCUCUCAUAAAUAUCGGACCUUUGUUUUCUCCUUCUUUUUACUUCUUUCAAAUUUUACGGCCUUUCUGGUUCUGGGUGUUAAAAAACUUAAAAUUACAUCUGGCUCUGCAUCUGGCUAUAGGUAAUUAAUUUUCACGACCACACACUGACUUAGUCACACUUUUAAUAGUCUGCUACACAGCCGUUUUCAGUGUCGUCACGCAACGCUCCUCCCCACUGGUUGGUGGGGAGGAGCGUUGCGUGACGACACUAAAAACGGCUGUGUAGCAGACUACACUUUUAACUAAAUACUUUCAAUUUUUUUGUCACACUUUUGGAGAGAAAAUGUUUUGUAUGCUUGAAGGUCUAAAAAUCUGUUUCAGAGCACUCUACAGAAAGUACUACAUGUAAAGCAAAAACACACCCAUUUGUAGAGAAAUUUCCUUACGUUCGUUUGUAAACUCCACAUGCAACUCAAAUGGUUCGUGGAAUAUUAACCAUUCUUUUCCUUAGAAUUUUCAGGCAACUUACACCGUAAAAAUAACUGUAUCAUCAAUUUUAGAUACUGCUGAAGUCGCGGAUCUGGUGCAGGAAUUUCAGUGGAAUUUGCUUGAGUUAAACCUCGAGACGACCGGACUUUGCGAAAGCAGGCCACUGCCUUUCUCUGAAGACCAGAGGGCUCGAGAUGUUGCGUACGAUCUGUCUUCCACCGAUGAAGUAAUAAACACCACCGCUGGGUCACUAUUUCCUAGCGGUAUCCCAGAAGAAUUUGUCGUAUUUGCUACAGUGAAAGUGCAACCUGACAAUACUGCGGACUUGUUCACGAUAAGCGACGGAGAUCAAAGUUUAUCUUUCAGUUUGAACCCUAUAGAAUUUGAAUAUAGGCGGAGAGGGGCCGCACCAGUGCGGGCUGGAGUCCAAGAAAGCAUAGCAGAUGGGGCGUGGCACAGAAUUGCGUUUGCAGUGAGAAGAAAACACCUCGCUUUGUCACUAGACUGCGCUAAGCCAAAAACGCGAGUGAGAAGGCCUAGAGGUUUUAAGCCGAGCUUCAGUCAGAACAGCAAUGUGAGGAUAGGCGGACAAUUUAAGGUAAGAGGACUGCGAGUGUUUAUCUUUCGGUUUUUCGAGGAAUUGGCAGUUUGCAUAGCUGGCAAAAAAGAAGGCCUAACGCGAAUCUUGAAAGGGUCGAAUAAACAUGAUUCGUUCGCGUUUGCAGUUUGUCAGUUUUGAGCGAAGCUAGAGAUAGCAUUAUCUCUAAUUCUAGUGAGCUUUCUGAUGCUUUUAAUGACCAUUUUUCAACAAUUGGGCCCAGACUUGCUAAUGAAAUACCUCUAACUGCUGAAAAUAAUUCAAGUUAUAUCAAUAAUAUAAAGGUAAAUAACAACAAUUUCAGCUUCUCCUCGACUAACUGCAGCAUUGUUUUCUCACAUCUAAACAAAUUAUGUAGAUCUAAAGCAACUGGUCUUGAUAAUAUUUCUGCUAAAAUUGUACGUGAAUGUGCUGAUCUUAUUUCAGUUUCACUAUGUGAUCUCUUUAAUAAAUCUUUAGUCUCUGGUAUAUUUCCUGAUGAUUGGAAAUGUGCUAGAGUUACUCCGUUGUUCAAGGAAGGUGAGCCAUCUGAUCUGAAUAAUUAUCGACCUAUUUCAGUCAUUUCCGUUAUAGCUAAAGUGUUUGAAAGGAUUGUUUAUGAUCAGUUGUAUAACUUUUGACCAAUGAAGAUAUCAUUUCUAAUCAUCAAUCGGGUUUUCGCUCGUUACACUCAACUGCAACUGCCCUUCUGGAAGCUACGGAUAAUUGGGCCUUUAAUAUUGAUCGUGGCAAUGUUAAUGCUGUGGUUUUCCUCGAUUUAAAAAGGCUUUCGACACCGUUGACCACGAUAUCCUUCUAGCUAAAAUGAACCUUUACGGAAUACAAGGUACAGCUCUUGAUUGGUUUAGGUCGUAUUUAACUAAUCGUACACAACGAUGUCUUGUUAACGGUUCUCUUUCUAGAAUCUGCUCUCUUAAAUGUGGGGUACCGCAAGGAACAAUCCUUGGCCCCUUUUAUUUCUUAUUUAUAUUAAUGACUUGCCAAACUGCCUUACUUCGUGCCAGCCUAGAAUGUAUGCCGAUGACACCCACAUUACUUAUGCUGGCGUUGAUGUGAAUUCAAUACAGUUAACUCUGAGUCACGAUUUAGAUAACCUAAACAAAUGGCUUAUUUCCAAUAAACUUACUUUGAACACUUCUAAAACUGAAUUCAUGCUAAUUGGCUCCAGACAAAAAUUGAGUACUUUGUCGAACCCACUUGAGCUCUCGAUUAAUAAUGUUCCGAUAGAACACGUUUCCUCUGUCAAAUCGCUUGGAAUAUUUAUUGAUGAAAAUCUACGGUGGCAAACACACAUUGAUAAAUUAUCUAAAAAGGUCGCUUCCGGAAUUGGAGCAAUAAAAAGAAUUAGACCUUUUGUCCCUCCACCUACCCUUCACUAUAUAUACAACUCACUAAUUCAAUCUCAUUUCGAUUAUUGCAAUCUUGUCUGGGGUAAUUGUGGUAAAACAUUAUUUGACAGGCUACAGAAGCUUCAGAACCGUGCCGCUCGCGUUUUAACCUUCUCUAGCUAUGAUGCUGAUGCUAACCGUUUGAUUAGACAACUCGAUUGGAAAGACUUGAGCACUCAAUUUCAAAUACAGAAAUCCAUAAUGGUAUACAAGUCUUUAAAUGGCCUUGUUCCUGAAUAUUUAUCAUCUAAGUUUGUUAAACGAAAUGAAACGCGUUACUCCCUGAGGGACUCUGUUAACAAACUAUUUGUCCCAUUUCCGCGAACUAAUUUCAUGAAAAACAGCUUUACUUAUAGCGGAGCAGUUCUCUGGAACAGCCUACCCUGUCAUGUGAGAGAAGCCGAAUCUCUUAGUCAAUUUAAAAGAUUAGUUAAUGUUCAUUUUUAAUGUUAUACACGGCAUUCAUGAAAAACAGGUUUUAGUUAGAUUAGUUGUAGUCAGGUUUUGAAUUUUGUUUAGGAUAGUUAGGUUAUUUUUAAUUUUUUAAAUUCCUGAUGGAUUUUACCGUGGUUAAAUAAAGAUUGACUUGACUUGACUAGCUCCUAACUGAUAUCUUGGAAAGGAAUUGGACGGGGGAAAUAUCGGAAUGAGCAAAGUGAAAAACUUUCUUAUUUCAAGAUAAAGUCAAAAUACGUCAAAUUUAAUUUAGAAGAGUUUUCUUUGCUUUCAGGGCUCUCUACAGCAGCUGUUAAUUGCUCCGGAUGUGUUCGAGGUUCUCUCUUACUGUAAGGAUUUCACACCUGAUUGUGACAGUCCGCUACCCUAUGCACCUUUCCUGAGCGGUGCCGCCCAACAGAGGCCAUCCAGUAAUGUUCAAGUCGUCAAUAACGUUAGAUACGUAAGUGACAUCAAUGUGAAAUAAGCAACUCGAAGUACCCUCAAUGUAGCUUUGUUUACGGUUAUAAAUCCCCUAAGCCUGAAUUUCAGCCGUCUACUCGAGUCACAAGCUCGCGAAAAAGGCGUCGUCUCUCUAGGGAGUUUAGACUCGAGGAGACGGCUGAAUUCCAGGCGGAAGUCCGCACUCCUGGACAAAAAGACAACAACACUUUUUGAUCUAUUUUGUACAAUGAACUGAAUGCUACGCAAGCAGUGACUGGUCCUGGCGCAUGUGUUAUGAAAGUACAGACACCCAUGGAUGACGUCACGGGAACACUGUGCGCAGUUUUGAAAAUGUUUGCCAGCUUAUUCAGGAUUGAGCGAGCGAAAGCGUCGAAAAAAAAGUGUAGCACGAGCUAUUUACAACAAAGGCAAAGAAUAAGCCGACACGAUACAAAUCUAUGAAACCUUAUAAAACACAUUUUGACGUCAUCUCCGAACUGUUACUGAACUGACGCUCUACAACAUGCAAUCUAUUUGUUCUCUAAUCAUAACUAUAACAAAAUUCUCAAAUCUGAUUGGUUCUCAACUGCCCUGAUUUCAGUCUUAAUUGGACAGUUUAACAUAGAGAAUACUUCAUGGAAAGUGCUGGCGUACGGUAUUUACGCACGAGUUGUUGACGUAUCAGAAAUCGAACGAGUGAGCGCAGCGAACGAGUAAGAUUUCUGAUACGAAAACAACGAGUGCGUAAAUACCGUACAAAGUACUUUCCAUGUGGUGUUUAUUAUAUACAUACUGAGACAUUCACCAUUUUGGCGGCCUUUUUACUUUAAAUCUUUCAAAAAUGCUAAAAUUUGCCGCUACACACUUACCGCAAAAUGACAACGAAAACGAAGUAUCAGCUUUUUAGUAAAAACGUUUGUUAAAAACAUAAAUGACGGUAAGGAUAUGAGGUAAUCCAAGAACUAUAAGUUGACAAUUGACAAUGAGUGAAUUUAAGUAAAAUGGCCGGUUUCAAUAUAAGCUUAAGCUUAAAUGAAAGGCAAAGUUGCUCCGACAAAAAGAACAACAAAAGCUUACGUCUUGUUCUGUUUUUCCCUUUCCGUUGUUGUUUCGCCGGCUCUCUACCGUUUUUUUAUCGACAGUGAAACAAACAAAACUAUUCCACUCCACUUCCGAAAUGUUUUUCACUUUUUCAGCGAGAAAAACUCUUUGAGUAAAACUUUUCUCGUUGAAUGUGUGCGAAGCGGCGCUGCAAGCUGCAAUAAAAGGCGGGAAUUUUGGCGCGAAACUCACACACCUCUGUGGCUUCUGAUUGGACGUAUCAUUUUUCUCACAUGUGAAAAAACAUCGUUCGCGAUUCUGAUUGGACGUAUCAUUUUUCUUCACGUGUGAAAACCAUCGUUCGCUCCUCUGAUUGGCUAGAACUAAUUUGCGUACGAAAAUUGACGACAUAGCUUUUUGGUGAGUAUUUCUCAGUAUGUAUAUAAUAAAGGACAGUACGCGUCAUGCCUAAGUAAUUGGACAGUAAGCGCCAUCACGCGCGCGCUUAAAUGGCUUUUUUUUUUCAUUGCUAGCGAAAAAAUCUUGGAAUUUCUUGUGUUUUGAUUUAAAAGAGCCCUAUAUAUCACAAAUUUUGUUAAAGUUAUGAUUAAUUGGUAACAGGACUUCGUGUCGUCCAAUUCGGUCUGUAAUCAUACUCGUGAUUAAACAAAUCGGACUCCCGCUACGCGGUCGUCCGAUUUUGUUAAUCACUCGUCUGAUUACAGACCGAAUUGGACUCCACUCAGUCCUGUUACCAUUACUUAUAGACCAUACAAAUAAUAAUAAUAAUAACUAGAAAUACGUAUCUCGCGAUAACCCUCGCGAAACUCGGUUCGGUAACGGCAUUCAAGUUAAGCCCUGUCGGUCGGGUUAAAGAACUGGAUGGGUGACCAACCGCGAAUAUCGUCUUAAAGGUCCAUACGUUUUUCUUUCUUUUCUUCUUCUUCUUUUUUGCGUAUUAUGUGGUGUUAUUGUUAACAGUGUAUUGAAAAGUAGAUUUAGCAUUAUUUCGUAAACUUAUAGUGCGCAAAUUAGCAUAAAAAUGAUCAGCUGCGCAUUACAACCGCAUUACUUCACAAUAAACAGACAAAAGACAAUGUAUUGAAAAUAAGACACAUACGUGCAUGCGAAGUAAGUAAAUAAGAUAAAAAUCAUCACCGCUAUAGAGUUCUAAAAGAUAAGUCCAUUCGAAACAAAUCUCCUUCCUAGCUGAUUCGCUCUGACGAAGGGCUAGCACUCAAGUCAGCUUUUGAAUCUUUUUACAAUGAAACUUCAGUAUCAUCUCAGUUGAUGAAACCAAUUAUUUGUAUUUCCUAGUUUAGCCACAUGUAAAUGGGAGCAGCAAGAUUUUCGAUUUUAGCUGCAAUUAUAAUAGGAAACUCUCCUGUCAAAACGACAGAAGCUCUUGUACGGUGCCUAAAGUAACGAAAAGACUAACAAGCUUUUUUAUAUUUUUUUUAGAUCAAGGGAGAAAGAGGAAUUCCCGGCCCUCCAGGAUCUGCGGUAUGCUUCUUUUCUUUUCCAUUUUUUUCUGUAUCUGCUUGGUUCAUUGGAUGCGUUUUUUUCUUUUGUAUUUUAAGAUACACAAAAACGUAGUUCCUGUCAAGAACCUUAGAACUUAAUAAAUGACGAAUCGAAUAAUAAUCAUGUUAGUGCCAGUUUUAGCACAUCUGAAUUUAGUGUUUCUCAGUGACUUGCAAUGGGUGAAUGCGAUUUGAAAUAACUGGUCUUUUGAUUUUUCCUUUGAAAACUAAAUCAGCUUAUUUCUUUUUUAAAAACAAAAAAUCCAGGGCCCACCAGGAGCAGAGGGUCCAAAAGGAUACAACGGACCAAGAGGCGAAAGAGGAUCACCGGUUUGUUUUAACCUAACAGAGAGAUUUAGAAUCACGUUUACAGCAAACGGCAAACGUCAAUUGUACCACGUGAACAAGUUUUCCCUUUACUUGUUGUCCACGGUUUAUGAAAUAUACACACAAAUUAGUGGCUUUCGUGCUAGUUUCAUCCAUAAGAACUGUUUUGAACAGGUUUUACCUGCUCAUGUCCUAAUUUGAGAAAUUUUCAACUUGCAUUUGACCUCAAUUAUUUUGACGUUUGCUCUUUGUCGUAAACGGAAUCUUAGAUCACCGACAAGAUGGGGGCGACAGAAAAUAACGAAGAGCUAUUUAUGACAGUAUAGAGAGGGAAGAAUUUCUUUUUUUCGUUGGUAGCUGGAAACAGUAUUUAAAACUAAACAAUUCUGACGGUGGGCUCAUUUUACCAUCUUCUCUCCAUAACUUCUCCGAUUUAAGGUUAUUUGAAGCUAUUUUAAGCACCUUGGAAUCGAAUCUGGAACCUCCGGAACAGAAGGUCGCACGCUAAAAGACUGCGCUAAUCCUUACCCCCUUACAAACAACUUUGAAAUGUUGUUGUGUUUUUCACCUGAUCAGUAAUGUCCUUAAGAUGGUCCGUUCGAGUAUUGCAGCGGGCAAAAGGUUGCUUGGAGUUUAUAGUUUAUCCUUCUCAAGUUGCAGUCCUCUUUUUACGCUUAUUUUUAAAGUUUACCGUAAUUAUAAAUCCAGAUGAACAAUACAGGUUGAUCUAAUACGAAGUGUUUUGUUUCUACAGGGACUUCCAGGACCCCCUGGAACAGCUGGACAGCCGGGUCCUCCGGGGCCCCCAGGGGAUGGAAUUUAUGUCGUAAGUGAAAUAAUGUGUUGACUUAAGACUAAUAUCCUGGAGGGGGAUGAAUAGGUCCGCGGAUCGGCGGAUUUGGCCUUAAAAAGCUCACGGAUUGUGGAUUUCGGCGAUAAAUCGAGGGGAUUCGCGGAUUUGUAAAAUACCGUGGAUCGCGGGUCAGCUGAAAGUUUUGGCCCAGUUUCCGGAUUCUGUCAGUCUAGAAGUUCGGAUUGUGGAUCGGAUCAUCAAUUUUCGGUCAGCCUUGGUCAAUGUGCUGGUGUUUUGUCGGCUGACGUUCCACUUCCGAGGUUUCCGGAAAAGACUUUCUAGUGACCCGACGUAUAUACAUGUAUUCUAGUAUAGACAGCGUGACGAAAAUGACGUCAGGCAACCUUGUGCAUACCUGAACCAUGUGUCACCACGCAGGAACCACAUUCAUUUCGUAAGAUGAGAGUUAUUUUCGUAAUCACAUCCGCUGGACUGUUAUACUGGAUUUUUGGGCCCUCACAUUUUAAUGCUAGGAUUGACAGCGACUCAUGAACUAUAAAAAAAAUCAAAUUUACAAACUGGUCGGUGAAAUGAUAAACUGGAUUUUGCUCCUUAUAUCUAAUGCUAGGACUGACGAUCAUUGAGUACAAAACAAACUACGAGUAAAUGAAACUCUGUAUCUGCACCUGAAAACAAAUGCAGUUUGCCGUGGCUAACCCUUUUACCCGUGCUGUUGUUUAAAGUGGGAACAUGUUUAUGUGAAAAAGAUUAUGGUCUCAAGACCUUUAAAGUGAACCAUGGAAAAUACUUACUGGUAAGCAAAUUACCAUGAAGUUGAGUUCUGCUUCUUCCGAAUUUUGCGGCUCGACUAGAAGCAUGUCCAAAGUGAUGUCAGUAAGUAAAUUUAUUGAAAAAUCUCUUACGCAACACCAGAUACUUUCAUUUUGCAAGCAUGCAUACUAUUUGAUUAGUCAAAUCUGUAUCAUUGGAAGAAACAUUAUUAGCUCUGUCCCUAAUGCUUAAUGUUUUGAAGCUGUAACGAAAACUUCUUAAACAUGAAUUCCCGCUUCUUUUGCUUUUCAUGCUACAACGCUACUUUCUAUAUACCAUGCACGAAAAAUUUUUAAAGUAACACGGAUUCGGAUUUGAACAAAAAUUAAGUCGGAUCGACGGAUCGGGCCUAAAAAUACCACGGAUCGGCGGAUUUGCAUACCCCUAUUCACCCCCCUCAUCCUGGAAAGACUUGAAAAGAGUAAGCAAGCAACGGCAUUGCUGACAAAUAUCUCGACGGUCUUCGGCAACUCUAAAGGCACGGCAAUAAUGCGCAGGUUUUGUAACGUAUAAGGAACGUUAGCCCUGCUUCACUAGCAAAUAAACCUAAAGGAUGUUUGUCACGAAAUUUAUCAAAGUUCAAACAGUAGGAACUGCCACAAAAAAUUGGGUGAAACCAGAAACUACUAAGGGAUGUUAUAAGGGUUUGAAACGUGUAAGUCUCAUUUGUUUGCUUUGUCCGAUGCUCGUAAAUAUUAUUUUAGCAAGUGCUAUAUUUGGAACGAUAACUGACCAAUCAAACUUCGUAAACGACAUGACGUCAUUUUACUCCACCUUCCCGCGCCCGCUCAAAAAAUAUGGAGCAAAAGCAACAACGACUAAAGAAUUCUAAAGAGUGUGUAAAAGAUUAGGAAAAGAAAAAGAAAAUCGUCGUGUUGUGUUUUCGCCCUCCACAAAAACGUGAAACUAGGCACUUUCGCGUCGUAGUCGUGCAGUCGACGGCAAAAAAACGUAAACAGCAAAGCGUGGUGCAUGUACAAAGUUGUUGUUAAACUUAUUGCUUUUCUUGAGGCCGCAGGAUGGUUUCCAAAUGUUACUUAGAAAAAUGAAUAUUCACGCGAGUUGCACGUUUUAAGCCGUUAUAAGUUUCUGGUAAAACAUAAAAAUAACCGCUCAAAACAGUAAAAAAGGUAUUUGAUAACACAGCAAAUACAAAAGGAGUCACCGAUGGACAAACUUGAAGAAGAUUGAAACGGACUGCAAUUGUGGUUUUUGAAAACUUGUAAACCUAACAGUUUUUCAAAGUUUGUUUUUGUUCUUUGCAACGUUUGGAAUACUGCAUGGGAGACAUGUUUGUUUGACACGGAGCUCAGUUUGAUUUCAAGUUCCACAGUCAAUACGGACGCAUAAUUGGCAUUAUAACCAAAAUGAACUAGACAUCCGUUACACUUUUUCUUUUCUAUUAAGAAUGAUAGCAAAUUGACAAUUUUACUUCUCAUUAAUUAUAGAGAUGGAGUAGACUUCAAGGAUCAAGUGAAAAGGGUCCAGGCCCCGUGGCCGGCGGUCUUGUCGUGGAACCACCGUCUGUGGUGAGCACCUCACUUGCGAAAUUUUAAGUUUAAUCUGAUAGCCUGUAUCAGUCGAACUGGAGGGACUAAUUUGUUAGACGUAGAGAAGAUUACGAAGUAAAUAACAUUUGCCAACUUCCUGGGUCACGUUUAGUUUUACUAUUAAACUUUUGCAUUAGAAGCCUGAAGAGCGACCUACCAGUGUGUGUUUUUAAGUGUUACCAUGCAUUAUGUCAGUAAAAAUAUGGGAUGCCAAGUUGUUUUACUACAUGUAGCAGGUCUGUUAUUAACCUUUAAGCUCUUCUGUUCUGUCCACUCGAUGAAAAAGUCGUCUUUUCUCAGCCUCUCCAUUGAAUAAAUCGAGUGCGUCAAGAUGAUGUGGUUUGACUUUUUAUUAGUUUCUUAAUGUUCAUCGUUUUACCUUCCUCAGCCAGGAGACCCAGGACCUCGCGGCGCCAGAGGAAAGCGCGGCGUACCAGUGAGUAAAGAGAAGGAUACCUUUUUGUUUUGCUUCACCUUCACGAGUUUCUAGCCGGGCAAACAAUAUCGAGGGUUAACUAUUCCUAACUAUUUUCUUCUUUGCUAGUUGUGGCAAAGUACAGAGACACUGUACAAAAUCUAAGAUGAAAACAUCGUACAGAUAAAAAAAAAAGUUAUGGUCGAACGAUUGGCGAAGUUUUCUCACAAAGAGUUAGUGCGGUUGUGAGUCGUGAUGCGAAGAGAGUGUACAGAAAAGAAAUUAUUAAAUGCGGAAAUACCAAAUACUAGUGAGAUUUAUAACAUUUACACCAUUUGAGUUUGUUCAAAUGAAAUCGGAAUUUCUUUGCAUAGCAUAACAAUGAGCACUCUUGAUCUAAAAGAAUGGCUAAAGUGGCUUCAUUUCAAUAGUCACACGGUAGGAUUUUGUUCAUAUACUCGAAUAUUAAAACUUUUUACAUGUCCCGUUGAUCGACUCUUUAGGUGAAAGAUUUUUAAAAUAUACUGUUUCAACAUGUGUCCUUUUCUUUGUAGGGCUUGCCCGGUGAAGCGGGUGAAAAAGGAUCUCAAGGGGACCCUGGACCUCCUGUAAGAUAAAAUUCUUCUUCGUCAUUAAAUUUUAUGUUUGCCGGCUAUAUAAAUCUGUAAGGUCGGCGCGCCCAGCUUGACAAGGAGCUUACGAAUCGACGACUUUCGCACGACGACGCCGCUGGGUCACUUCAUAGUUCUGCGUUGCCGUCCUAUAGAAAUUUGAAUUUACGAUUCGAAUUCGUAGUAAAGACGACGACGUUGGUGCGCGCGGCAGGCAAAUUUUCCCGCCGUUUCUGAAGUUUGUUUUCUUCUUUUCACAAGUAAGCUUAUUUGUUCAACCAAAAUGCCUAAAUUUAUAAGAGAAACGAGAGCUCGUAUUGCAGACGCUUAUGGAAACAGAUUUAUAAAGGACCGAGUAUUUCACUGUAUUUGUAAUUUUAUGCGUUUCAUCAACAAACUCAGAGUUAACUACGGAUUUAGACAAGUCAACAAAGGAAGAAUGCAAGGCGCUUUCUUCAUAUGCAAGGAGGGGAUUUAUAAACUUGCUGAACAGCUGUAGUUACUGUGAUGAGAUAACCAUCGCGCGAAAAUCGUCAAUUCGUAAGCUCCCUAAGGCAGAGAGGCAAAUUAAGCACCGGAAGUCGCGUUCAGUCAUUUCCACGGGCUUUCGCGUUCUCAUUUGCUGUUGUGUUGUCUUUGCUAACCUACCUAUUGUGUGUGAUCAGUAACAGAAGAAUGUCAUCACAACCAUUUUUGCAUCUGCUUUCUUUUCACUUUAUUUCACCUUGGAUCCAGCCUCACCCAGAAAUCUUAUUCGUUCCGGCUGCUCACAUUGUGGCACAGAUACUUGAUCUAAAAAACAGUCUUGAUCUCAAUCUCGCCGAGAGAAAUAACCUGAAUGUCAUCCGAUUACUUCGAGUCGUUAUUCGUUACUGAGGGAGUAAUAACGACUCGAAGUAAUCGGAUGAAAUUCAGGGUAGGAGAGAGAGUGGUCGUUUUUAAAUCUAAAGGAAGUUGUGUCUCUUCCUUUGAUACUGUGACAGGGACCGUCUGGUGUCCGAGGUAACCGUGGAUCAGCCGGAAGACCUGGAAAACCUGUAAGUGUUUUAUUUUUUAUGAUACGAGUAAAGACUCCUGUUGCCAGUGUAUAUGAAAACGGGUAGCAUCCCAUAACGUUAGGGAGAGAGCGGGGUUGGGGUAGGAUGUGUUGUAAUUUUAAAUACUAUUUGCCAUGGUGUUCUAUUUCUAUUUUCAUCUAGGGUCCCCCUGGAUCGGACGGGCCGAGGGGCCCCCCUGGAUCAAUUGGAACAAAGGUACGAGCUUCGAUAGAGUCAUUUUUGCGUCUUACAGUUCAAUUUGCUCAUCACUGGCUCACCUAUGUGUUUAUUCGUAUGAAGGAAAGCAUCGGCAAGCGCCUUAAAUCUUCAAGAGCAUUUUAAGAUCCUGAAGAAAUGUCGCGGAAAGUUUGAGUGCCUCAUGUAUAAGAUGCUAUUAAUCAAGGAAAAAGGACUAACCCUGAAUUAUCAAACAAAGUCAUUCCAGCGAAACCUUUCACUCAGUUAUUUCAUUUUAUUUCGUUUUUUACAUUUUAAUCUUUUGUUUCACAUCUUCGGUUUCAAUAUAUCGUUUAUCGCUUUUGUUCACUUGCAUUUGAUACUGGUGACAUGCCGUUCCUUAAACGUCAUGUCUUUGUAGCGUUAAUUUUUAUGCUUAAACGUUGUACAAAUAGUUCUUUAUCAGAAUCUGGUUAUAGCACUCAAAAAUUGACAAUGACAUUUCUUGCUCCAACGCCAGCGGUCGUGUUCUUUUCGAAACCCUCAUUUUAUUAUUCUGAUCCGUGUAUCAACGACAAUAGACCACUAAUCUUAGCUAAAACACUUGCCAGAAGUACAUUAAUAUUUGAAACGUUUUAUGCUUUUAGGGAGACAGAGGUCUUGACGGUGUCGGUGGAAUGAUGGGUCACAAGGGACCUCGGGUAAGUGUAAACACGUGAUGGCUUGCUAUUCCGUUUGGCCACAUCAAGACAUUACAUACUCACUUAAAUAGAAAGAGACAGGAAGAGCUACGCAUUCUUAAAAAAUAGUAUAAAUUUGUGUCAGUAAGACAUCUUCUUUUAAGAUACAGAGGCAUAUUUUUCAAACCAGAAAAAAAAUGGACAUGUAGGAUAGUAGUCGAUUUUAAGUGUAUGGAGGUAAGUAAGAGGGCAGUUAAAAAUAUGCAAGAAAAAAGGGACGUACGAAGAAAAAAGGCUAUCAGUCUAACAGCUAUCGUGCUCUUCAUAAUUAUCAGGGUUUACCAGGGGCUCGUGGAGAAAAAGGAGAUAAAGGAGAAGCCGGGGAAAGAGUAAGUUUUUUCACCUUCAAUGUUCAUGAUAUAAACUCUCAGGUGCGAUUCAUAACCGGUAGGAAUCGAGGCGGGAAAAUUGCAAAAGUUGUGAUUAGAACUGUAAUGCCUAGCGCUGCGAUUGGCUGAAAACAACAAUUUUAACCAAUCAAAAGGAUGAUCAACACCAAUCAUGACUUUUUUCCCGCGCUUUUGGUGUCAGCGAUUUUACCACGUUCAUUUGAUAAACCCUCAGCGUCACUCCUGCCCCCACCGCCCCCUCCCCUGUAAAACGCAGAACAUAAGAAGGGGAGAAAAUCAAAACAUGGAUACCUUGCUUCCGAGUUUAUCUCGUUUCUUUUUAUGUUUCUUCUUACAGGGAGACUCAGGUCCAGCCGGACAAAAUGGUGUUCCGGGUGGACGGGUAAGUAGUCCUCCUUCAGUUUUAUGUCCAGAGUUCGGCUCGAGGAAGAACACACGGUACAAUUUGGUUUAGCGAUCUGGGCUGAUACCCAUUAAACAACGGAAAGGAAAAGUAUUAUAUAAUACAAAUAUAAAUUUUCAAGACUUACAUUUUCAUUUAAAACUGCACUUAAACUGAAACGAUCCACUUCGGAGAGUCUUGACAUGCAGCGAGUCUGCUAUCCUGGUAAAAAAACUGCCCCAACCACUAGGCCGAGGAAGAUUUCCCAUUUCCCAUUUCCCCAAGGCAAGCGGGAAUAAUCCAGAAUGUUUUUAGUAAGUGUAAACAGAUUCGAAAAUUUUGAUCAAGUUAGUUUCACUAAAAUCACAAGUGGCAACAAAUAACAAGUUAACGACCAUAUUUAUUUCCAGGGUCCACAAGGUGAAACAGGACCAAGAGGUCCACCUGGACCCAGGGGACUUCAGGCAAGAUAUAUUUAAUACUGGCUCAGAGUCUAUUUGCUACAGCGUAAAGAUGAAUAAAUACUAUUCCAACCAGAAGCCAAAGCGUAUGAACGAACAAAGACGGUUCAAAACGUGCGGAUAGCGAAUAUUUGAAAACGGAGGAAAAAUAUUCCUUUUCGAAUAAAAAUGGAUGCGAGUGGAUGGAGAAACAGAAGAUUUUCUUAAAAUAUUAUCGCUCCAUGGAAGGCGCGCGUAAUACUAGCUACAACUUCAGCCACUUUAAUCCCAUGAACGACGGCGCUAGCAGAGUUAGUUCACAAUUUUGUCAUGACUUGAUACACUACAAAAAAGUGUUAGCAACUGGAAGAACAAAAGAAAUACAUGAAAUGAAUCAUUUCCACAACUGUGGGUCAAAGUGCGUUUUUCAGAGAAGAAAUGACCAGUUGUUACUUUCCCUCCAGUGCCCUACAGCGAUCUCUUUUUUCAUUCCCAAGACGUUGUGAUUUAGGUUAACAGUUUGUGUUUUUAUUUCUUUGUGUUAACAGGGAAAUACUGGCGAAAGGGGUCCGCCUGGUCCUCCUGGAUCUCCGGUAAGCCGGCUUAAUGACGUAACACUGGAUCAGUAUACAAAUGUGGGAAAAUACCCAAGUACUAGUACCCCUCCACCUGGACCGACCACAAGGCGUACCGCCAGCGACGUUUUUUCAGUGAUACAUAUCCUUUUUUUCUUGUUUUUCAAACAACCAUCAGUAAAAUCUCACUCUCAAAAGUUUUAACCAAAAAUUUGGCAGUGCCACAAUAUUUUUAGUGCUGUUUCCACUUCUAAGUUCAAGUAGUAGAGUCAACUCCUUUUAUAGCGGACACUGUAGGGACCUUCAGUUAGUGUCCUCUUCAGCAAGAGUCCGUAAUAGCGAGAGUUUACUUCACUCAAACAUCUGUUAUUUAUUUUUGCCCGGAAUCUAACUGCUGUCCGUAUUAUCGGGGUGUCCGUUAUAGCGGGGUGUCUGCAAGGCGAGAAUUGACUGUAUUACACAAUUUUGGCAAUUUUUGUGAUCACGUGACCACAGCUGCAAGGGACCUGUUAUUACUUCGUGCUAAAUUAGUGACGUUGCAUAACUGGAUUCGUGCCCCACUUUCUUUAUAGACGUCUUCUCUAACAACCGUUUUUCUCUUUCUUGGGGGUUAAGGAUGCAGCUACAUGAAGACUAAAAGUAUUGAUUUGCAAAUGGAUUUUUCUUACUUAGGGACCUUCAGGUGCACCAGGAAUUCAAGGCGUUCAAGGCAUGAGAGGAACUCCGGUAGGUAACGCGGCAGUUCUCCUAGAAAUUCUUAAAAAAAGAAAGGCGAAUUUAUAAUUUCCUGCGUCGCCCGCUUUAUGCACUAUUUUACACUAUGGUCGCCUUAACAUAAUGAAGAACACAACUUCUAUAAAACCAUAAUCUACAUUUUCUGAUUCAAGGACUUAAAAACUUAGCUCCACACUAUAAAAGCUUUCACGAACCCCUGCCCUUCAUUCGAGCUCCCUAUUUCCUAAAACACAUUAUUCAGGUUCUCGAGUCAGAGUUUCUCUACCCCACUUUAUCUCUUUCCAAGAAUACACGCACGUUACUGCUCGCCGUUUUGUACUUAGAGAACAAGCGUAAUUUACAAGUAUAGCCAUUGUUUUAGAGUCUGAAAACAAAAGCUACACUUGUAAAUUACCCUUGUAAAAGUUUUAUUAAAUCGACCCCAGCAUGUCAACGUCGUUGCCUGGGUCUCUCUUUCUCCCUUCCCCUGGUGGGAGUCCCUGGAAAUGAGGUUGCCGCCAGUUGUCGCCUUUAAAAGUCAAUUAUGCCGUUUCAUGUUGUCUUUUUGAUUCCCUGUUUGUUUUAUCCAGGGUCCACCAGGAAUUCCUGGGCCUCCAGGCCCUGUUGGACCUAAGGUACGUAUUUUAGAGCUACUUCAGAGGCUAUAGCGAUCUUUUGGAGUGGAAAUGGUUUAUAUAUUCUUUCCAGUGUGUGAUGUUAAUUAUAUUGUCCAGGGUGAGUGACCUCUGUACCGAGUUGGGAGGGGGAGAGGGUCGCUUACAUUAAUCGUCAAAUGUUAAAAUUUUUAUUGCAGCUUAGAGUACAAGUAGUCCCCCAUUUUUCCUCAGGGAUAGUAGGGCAAGCGAAACGCCAGCGCGCGUGAAAAUUACCCCGCGGGAGAAAAGGCGACACGCGGCGGGGAGAGAGAAAAAUGAGGGACUGCAGACAUUUUCUCUCUCCCUGACGCGUGUCGCCUUUUCUCGCGUGGGGUGAUUUUCACGGGCGCUCGCGUUUCGCUCGCUUUACUAUCCCUGAGGAAAAAUGGGGGACUACUCGUAGUCUAUUGCAGCUGAAAACACAAAACAUAACGGAAUCUUCAGAAAGUAAAGUCGACAUCGUAAUUAACUUGUUAGACUUUCACAAAGCCCUUCGCAGUCGCGCGGUUUUGUCUUGUCACAACCUUUCUCGACUGGUUCGCUCCCUUAGGUCGCUCAUGACGCUCGCUUUGCACGCUCUCUUAGACUUACUGACAUUCACUUAUUCAUCUCAUUGCAGGGCGAAACAGGGAAAAUUGGUAUGCCUGGAUAUCCGGGUUCCGAUGGUGUUCCGGUAAGAAGUGGCGUGAAAUAUUCCAACAUAUAACUUAAAGAAAAUAUGUCAUCAACACUCAAACAAAACAGCCAGAAAAAUAGAAAGAAUGAUGCCAGAAAGUUGCACGUGUUAAGAAUUUAAAGCAUAAAAAUAGACACAGAAAACUCAAUCAAUCAUAACACAUUUUAGUAGCCUUGGCUUCGACAGAGAGCUGGACCAAGCACAGAAUGCGAACUUUCGUGGCACUUGCUGCUGCCUCCUGUCAGUGCCAAGGUUCCUCAGUAAGGGCAGCAAAGUGUUUGUCCCCUACUCUAAUAACAAAAGCACAACAAAGGGUCACUCUCUCUUGUUCACUUUUUAACGUGAUCCCGGCCCCCUCACAGCACAAAUACGACGUGGAAUUUCCUAUUUCACGUUUUAUGAAUUACGUAAGCACGAGGCAAAGAUUUUCCUUUCUGUUUCUGAACUUGGAUACGGUCCUUAUGAAUUCACCCGAAAAGUACCAAAAGCGCCCAUAUUGAACUAUUGAAUAAAAUGGGAUCAUAGCAAAAAACAGCGAUCCUGUUAUGUUGCAUUUGAAUUAUUUGUUUCUAAGUAUUUGACUGGAGUGCCUGUAAACUAGCUAGAUAAGCUAAGUGCACUUUCCACUACAAAGAAGUCAUUAAACCAUUAUUAUACGACGUUUUCGCCGCCGUCGCUGUUGUGGUUGCUUAAUCUCCCCAAUAACUGACUAAAUGUGUGAUGUUUCGUCAUUUGUGAACUUUAUAAACCUAUUAGAAGUCUUUUGUCGUAGGGAUACCCUGGUAUUGAAGGACCCCCGGGGCCAAAAGGAGACAGGGUAUGUAUAUGCUGCUAUGCCAUAUUGUAAUCCGACUAGUAGCCCUUUUUCUUUUUCUUUUUUAUUCUCUUUUCUUUUUUUCUUUUAAUUUUUACGUCCGUACACGCGUAAGUUCAUUUAAACGCGUAAAUAAAAUAGAGGCAAUGUAUGGAAGGUCACCUGUAAACGUAAAAGUUGAACGGCAAUACCAGGAAAUCCACCCUUAGUCUAUCCGUCCGCCGGUAAGAAUGUAGUCCAGAAAACCAAUAGCGUUCCACGCAGGCGUUUUAAGGGGAGCUCGUUUUUCAUCCCUCCCCACAAGGGAUGAAAGACAAGCUCCCCUAAAAACGACUGCGUGGGAGGCUCGAAAACCAACGGAACGAGGAUGUAUGUAUGGGAAUUCGUGUAUGUAACAUUUUGGUAGUGAAAAUUCCUAAGAUUAAGGUUUGCAACCCUUCCCAGUUUAUGAAAACGUGUUUUGUGACGUCAUUGACGAAACAAUGUCACGUGUUAUUUGAAAUCACGUUUUUGUUGAGCCACAUUUGUAGUUCACUUUUCAGGAUCACUGAUAAAUCAAACCGUUCUAAAGGCAUUUUUUUGUACAAAUGUAUCUCUGGUGUGACAACCGUGUAACAAUAUUUAAUUAACAAUUUGGACACAUGAGGUAUACAUUGCCCAGUGUUACGGCAGCUUACAUGACUUUCCAAGAAAUCUUUAGGAAAAUGGACAUGUUUAACUUCUCAGGGACUGUUAAAUCUAGCCCACACUGCAUGACUUAUGCUGUACCUACAACGAGUCUAAUUAAAAAAACCAAGAUGGCGUUCACCGACAAAUUUUCUCAGUGAAUAAUGUGCCAAUUUUACAAGCCCAUGACGACGACAGACAUUGAGUUGCAUUUUCACGCCUUGUUAACACGCGAUUACACGAUCUCAUUUCGACCCAAAUUAUUGUUAAGCCUGGGCUUAAUGGCUUAAAGGCAGUUACGCCGCUGAAUUAAGUAAUAAACCGUACAUCUGUCUUGAAACAUAUAGUAAACCUUUAGCUCAUCCUUAUUUCCCUGUCAUCAAAAUCUUUGACUGGUGGCCUUGUAUAUUCCCAGGGACCUCUUGGAGUUAGAGGACCACAAGGCUACCCAGGCCUCCCCGGACCAAAGGUGAGUUGGGAUCAUGUAGGAGCGUAAGCUUGUACCCAGAUCUUGUGGACGAAGCCGAGGGCAAGAUCUUGCCUUCGCGUCCAUGAGAGAUUUGGGUACGAGAUUGGUACGACGAUAUCAGAAAUAAUUUGAGAUAAAUAUUUUGCGAAGAAAUCUAAGCUUUGCAACGAACAAGAAAAAGUCUUAGCAUUGGAAAUUUUCAUCCCCAAGCAAAGUCCGUCCUUGAUAAUCAUAUCUUGUCUGAAACUUCUGUUUAAUCAGAUAACCCUUUCCAUUCUUCAUCAUAUUUCUAGUAGUUACGUUUGCCACUUUUAAGUGACAAACGUAAAAAAAAAACGUAAAAACUGUAUGUUUUUUUGUUUUUUUUUGUUGUUCCCCUAUAAUCUGUUAGAAAGUCUUUUCUCCUCACAUCACAUCCGUGUAAAGAAGUUGUGAUAAGUUAACUUUUAGUCGAUAAUGUACCCCCGGAUCCCUAGCCUGUUCCAGGCUCACAGAAAGUGGGGAAGCUGCGAAAGUGAAAGGUACUCGAAAAAGGAACGUUUUAUUUUCAUGUUCGCGCUUUCCCCGCGGACCCGACUAUCUCGGAGCCUGUAACAGGCUACCGGAUCCCUAACCCAACUUACUGGUAUCUUUUUCCAGGGGAAUCGAGGAAAACGUGGGCCAGAAGGAGAGAAGGGGGAAGAGGUUUGUACUUUGUUUGGAGACAUUUUUACAUAUAAAACGCAGAAUAAUUUCGAUCCACUUGAAAAUUUAUCUUAAUUUAAAAAGUGUCUAAAAUGGCUAUGCAUACUAUCUUUCACCUUAUAUAGUUAUCGUAGGUUUUUAAAUCCUUUUAGUUUUGAUCGUUUUAUAUUGACUCAUUUCUAGCUUUAGUGGGCCAGAAGGAGAGAAGGGGAAGAGGUUUGUACUUUGAAACCCGAUUAAGCAAAGCGAUAAGUUCUGGCGUGUCGAUCAAGAAUUUCCAAGUCCAACAGCAGAGAUGGCAAAAUCGGGGAUGCGUUUAAAAUAUACAGAUCGGUCGACUGCAAAACGGUAGCCAGCCUACGAUCGCAAAAGGAUGCUUAGCAACAAACGCCUUUGUUUCAAUUGCACCGGAGGCAAACACAGGGCUGAAGAUUGCAAAAGCCGUUCCAUGUGCCAGAUUUGUAAGAGAAGGCAUCACACGUCCAUCUGCAACAGCGUCAGUAACCAGUUAAUGACAGCGAGAAACCCUCGCUACCGGCAAGUCCUGAAAGGUACGACCACUUGAAGGAGUGAAGAUGGACGAUAUGGACCCAAAGGAUUACCUUCCGGUGCACCUUAUCUUGGGAGGUGUGACUAUACUAAGAUCAAGACUGUAACAGCACCUCUUAUUGAGCCGCAAACGAGCCUAUUGCCGAGAAAAAACUAAGUUCGGAUGGACCAUUAUUUCACCGGGCAAAGAAGUGGAUCUGUCUCCCAUGUUCCUGACGCAGACAUCAACGGUAGAUUACGACAACUUGUGCAGACUGGACGUGCUUGGACUGGCAGAUUGUGCAACUGGUGACCAAGACGAGGUGUAUUCAGAGUUCAAAGAGCAACUAAGACGAGAUGAUGAGGGUUGGUACGAAACUAGCCUACCAUGGAAAGGGAACCACGCACCUUUACAACCAACGCACUCUAUCUUAUCGAGACAUUUUUACAUAUAAAACGCAGAAUAAUUUCGAUCCACUUGAAAAUUUAUCUUAAUUUAAAAAGUGUCUAAAAUGGCUAUGCAUACUAUCUUUCACCUUAUAUAGUUAUCGUAGGUUUUUAAAUCCUUUUAGUUUUGAUCGUUUUAUAUUGACUCAUUUCUAGCUCUUAGUCUUAACCUUUGUUACACACAAUUAGUUAUUUCUGUAUAAAAAAGGGGCGAUAAUAGUGUUAGAGUUAUUAUAAUUUUCAUUUAACAGUUUGCAACCCUUGUUUCCUAUAUCUCUAACAGACGAGAACACUUAAUGAGGCUGUAGAGCAAGCUUAGCACUCUAUCUUAUCGAGUCGUAAAAUAUAUAUACUCGUAUUUUACAGGGUGUUUCAGGAUUUCCUGGCGCAAAAGGAGACGAGGGUCCGAAGGGAGAAGAUGUAAGUAAAAUAUAUUCUCAUUCAGCAAAUCUCAGGCCUUAAAUGUUACGUAAUUAUCCCACGAUUUGUUCUUAUGUUGCCUUUGGGAUGUUUUUUUACAUAGGGUACUGCAGGAAAUCCUGGUUCCCAAGGAGUUGAGGGAUCCGAAGGUCCUAAGGUUAGUUACCUUAUAAAUUCGUAGUCUGUUUGUUUUAACAUGUCACAUCAGCCAUAAUAUGUAACAGCAAUAAUCAAAGGGCGACCAUUUCUGUAUUACGCCAAUGCUAAGCAACGAGCAACGAGAACGUUGACUUCCGGGACGUCAAAAAUAGUGGCGGAAAGUUGACAGUUUCUCUCUUUCAGUGCUCUGGCUCUACGAUUCCUUAUCACUGGUGUAAAAACAAAAGCAUUUAAACUAGCUGUGUUUGAUAAAAUCGUUCAAUCAGGCAGCACAUUUAACUUCCGGUUGCUAUUUAUGAUAUCUGGGACGUAAGCGUUUUCAUUUUAUGUUAUUUGCCACACAAUAAUUACAAGAAAUAUAGGAAAAGGCGAGUAGACCUAACAGAAACUUUAGGAGCUUAUGAGAAGUUAGGCCUCCUCGAACUACUGGCUAGAGCUGUGUUACGUCAAUUGAAGAAAAGAUGGCGAAAAGUCGAAGACGGAAAGAUCCAUCUUUCAAGAUCGCUAUUAUACAAGUUUGAACUUCUAGUACCGUAAAACAACUUAGGAUCAAGUACCUUUUGGUUGUCUGUUUGUUUGUUUGUUGUUGUUGUUUUUUGCCACAGUUCCCUGUUUUAUUUACCUAAGGAUUUUCUUGUGCUCACUUUGUGUUCAUUUACUCGUUAAUGUACCCUCUGACGCGUUAUCCACGAUAUUGUCCAAGAAUAUCCUCCACAGCGAGGGAGGGAACAGCUGCAAUAAAAUCACACUUGUUCUUUUUGCUUUAUGCUAAUGGCCCCUGAGCAGCUAUUUUCAUAAUGUGUGGUCAUUACUAUUACUCUAAACCUGGGUGAUUUUAGUUUGUUUGUAAUACACAUUUUAGGGUCGGACCGGUAUCCCAGGGCCAUCAGGCCCAUCUGGACCUACAGGACCAAAGGUAGCAUCCAUACGUAUUAGUUAAUAAACACGUUUUUUAGGCUUGUGCGCACUGAUUGUCACAAAUAAAAAGUACCAUUUCUCUUGCUCAUAGAGCUGUUUAUCCCUCAAUGGAUCUUUACCAAAAAUAUCUUGUUUAUAUUUCCAGCGGUUUGUAAGAUUGAAAUACGUUUCACUUUGCUAUUAGUUUUAAGUUAUCUUUAAACGUUUCCUUUUUUCAGGGAGAGAGAGGGGCCCCCGGAAUGCCAGGAUACACCGGAGAACCAGGAGAAAAGGUAAGACGAACAUUGCUGAAGAGAUAAUCGCCGGUAUCAACUGAACAUCUUAAAACCUUGUGCUUGUAUUAUAGGGAAAUACAGGAGCUCCGGGACCAAGAGGACGAGACGGAUCUAAAGGAAUAAGGGUAAGGACUGAAUUGUGGGGCCAAAGGGCAAAAACCAAAGAUCAUCAUGAGGACUAAAAACUUUAAAGCGCGAUCUUAAGCGCUUUUGUUGACACCAUUAAGUCGGAAAACGGUGUUUAACUGACCAGCCAGCGCCAGGGCAUCGGACACCAGUAUAUAGCUAUUUCGAGAAACGUUGUCGGAUAAAGUACAAGCGACAAUCCCGAAAGGUAUUGUGGGUGGUUUUGAGUUCACUGUUCUUCAAAGAAAUUUGAAAGAAGGGCACGAGAGGCCAUGGACGUAUGUUUGCAAGUGCUAAAGGAAAGCAUCAAAAGUAGGUUCAACAGCUACAGUCGUCAGGAACAGUGUAUUGAUCAUAUCCCAUAUUAUCUUUCGGGGUUACUUUCAUGUCAAUUCCUCCUCUUUGUUUUGCAUUUACAAGUGUACCUUUGUGUUUAGAGUAAUAGACAAUAGGUUGGAUUUUGCCGCUAUUGUAAUAACACUAGUCUCAAAAGCUAGUAAGGUUUCUCUGUUCGGUGAUUUUUAGGACAAGGUUACUAUAUUUAUCAACUCGUUAAAUUGCGAAAACCCCUUUUUGUUAUAAGAUUUACUGCAAAACGUAUUUUAAUAAUUAAGAAUUUAGAUCAUGGAAUAGCAUUCGUAUUUAAUCACAUUCUACACUUAUUUCAUUUGAACCAGGGAGAUCCAGGACCUGCAGGACCACAAGGACCCAGAGGAACACGGGUAAAUUCAACUAAGAUUUAUUUUAAAGUCUUCUCCAAUAUUAAUUGUUUUCAGUUGUUCUGUUGAUCUUGUUGUUAAUGAUGCAACAUCUUUUUCAUCAAUCCUUGGGUUUUCGAGACAUUAAUCAUAUGCAUGAUGAUUGCAAGUUUCCUUGUUCUUAAGGCCAACUGACUUUUAUAUAUGUUCAAUAAGUGUCCAUCAAUAAAUUUAAUUCGCCUGCGAGCAAUCGGCAACAGUCCAGACUUGAGAGUCUAUACCCAGUUUUGAAACCUUGAAAAAAACGCUAGACAAUUGAACAUUUUCAAAUCAUUUUUUGUUUUCUUUCAUGGGAAAGUGGCUAGGAGAACUAAGUACGAUCACAUAAUGUCAAAUUCCACAACUUGUAAAUUUUUAGACAUGAAGUUAUAAUCAUAACCUUUUUCUUUUUUUCAGGGUCCACGUGGUGAGCGGGGUAGCGCCGGAACACCUGGUACACCUGGAACUAAGGUAUUUAAUUGUUUCGUAGUGCGUUUCAUAAUUAACGCUGCGGGCAGGAGGGGUAUUGUCAAAAUAUCUGAUGGUGAUAUGUUAAGGUAUUGAUAAUGACCGGCAUAUGAAAGAGGUGGCAUUUUCCUUAACAGAAAAGCUCGGCAAAACUGGAACGAGCGAACGAGAAGUUGGUAAGCAGGUAGAGACGGAAAGGAGAACUUUAUUUCAUAAGGGUAACAAACGGGGGGCUCUUAAAUAUCAGAUUGAAUUUGACUAAGCAAAGAUGUUUCAUAUCUUGGGAAGCAUAGCAAAGCUGCAAGCUGAUGCGCUACAAAAACAUUACAGGCUGCCUGUAGCUCGUGUGCGCCAUAACCUUAAAUUGUUAUAAGCAAACAUUUGCAGACUUCUUUUAGUACUUGUUAAAAGUGUCUUUAUUUUUCCUUCAGGGAGCCCCUGGUGAAGCUGGCCUCCCCGGAGACCGUGGAAACCCGGUAGGACAUAUGUAGUAUCACAACCCCCGUGGCUGGUUUAUCUUUUUAUUCAUGAAAACUCCCGAUGUUGCAACUAUAUAUGAUUCUCCCAAGUAAACAUUUCUUGGUAGAACCGACGGAGGAACCGAACCUUCUAUCUUAAACACCGCUUUUCAAAUCAUAGUCAGUAAAACGCAGCUCGCACAAUCGUUAUAUUUCCAUGUAGGAUUUCCCAUUUUUUAAUUGGGUGACGCAAUGCAAGAAUGACUUUUGCGAUAAAAGAUUUUUUUGCUAGUUCCGGUCAAAAAAGGAAGACCUUUGAUAUUUGAAUUUGAUAUAUGAUAUUCUAAAUUAUCAUUAUCGACAUCAUAGCCCUCUUUGGUCUUGUCACUGGGAAUUCUUUUAACCAGCACGUUAACUCUUUCUUCAGGGACCUCCAGGCCCUCAGGGGGAUAGGGGACAGCCAGGAACUCGUGGACCAAUGGUAAGUUAAGGUUCAUUUCCUGAAUAUUGGACCUUGUUUAUCUGUCACUCAUCUUACGAUUCUUGUUCUGGAGUUUUACUGAGCUGAUCUGCUUGGGAAACCUCUUACAAUGACUGGUAAACAUUUCAAACGAUGGAAUAAGUACUUUUUUGCUAGGAGUAUAAAAAAUGACUUCCAGUGUAAAAGCAAUUCGUGCCCUUUAAAAUUACUGUUGAAUUACCCAGUUCGUUCAGCCUUAUAUGCCUUUGUACAUUUUGUAGGGUUUACCAGGAAAAGCAGGUCUGCCGGGAUAUCCUGGGCCUCGUGGAGAGACGGUAAGAGUAUUGAAUACAAGUAGUGUGCAAAUUAUCUUUCAUACUCAAACACAUGCUUUCAUUUGUUUGUGUGAUGAAUUUUGUUUCAAUUAAAAGAGUAAACGAUGAAUUUACAUAAUCGAGUUGUAGACAGCAAACGUAAUUUUUCUUCUCGUUAAAGAACAAAAGAAUCAAUUUAUAAUUUACGAUCAUAGGAUUUAUUAACGGUAUCAUCCUUUUUCUUGAGAUAAUUGUGAUUGUUUGUCGAGAUACCUAUAGUUUAUUCGUCACUUAGGGGAGAUAAGACAAAUGGGGAUAACAAGGUCAAUUCUGUUUCUUUCCUUUUCUGGAGCGAGCUCUCGGUAAUGUUUAUCCAAGGAGUAGGACCCACUUAAGUUAGCAAAUUACAAAACCAAACAUAAGAUCAACCCGAAAUGGGACUGGACUCUGAGCCAAAUUAAAAGGCACAUGAAUGAUAAAAGUUCUGUUAACUGAGUUGAACAGCCAGUUCGCCAGCGACAGUCAGUGUUUAUUUCGUCGAAGAUUAUAAGAAUCGACGAAAUUAGAGUACAAAUUGUUUGUUGAUUUGUUGAGAAUGAAUUGUUCUAGUUUAGUAAGAUUUCUUGUUAUUGUGAGAUAAAAUGCUUAGAAAAUGCCUUAAUCGUCGUUGUUAUCUGUUUUUAGGGACCGCAAGGUAAAACUGGACCUCCAGGCCCUACUGGUUUGCCGGGUGGUCGUGUAAGUGGAUUUGUUUUGUUCUGUUCUGUUUUUUGUUUAUUUGUUUGUUUGUUUGUUUGUUAUUUUGCUUCUAGCGGUUAUUAGUCAUUUUUAUUUUUUGAUUGAAAGAAAAUUACAUGCAUUAGCAUUAAAUUUAGCAAAGUGCUCUCUAGAUUCUACUACCCUCAUAUUUUCCCUUAGCAUAAAACCAAUAUUUUUUAAUAUUUUCUCCGGAAAUUCAGGGCCCAGCAGGAGAAAGAGGUUCCCCUGGACCCAAAGGAGACCGUGGUCGACCGGUGAGUAAAAAACUUGUGAUUCUUAUUCAGCUUUAUUCCUCUCCGUCGAGACUAACUUUCGACGCCUAAAAAACUGACAUGGUCGAGAGCUAAAUAACAGUGACGUGAGAUUUUAAUAAAUACAAGGCGGACCGAUUUAUCCUUUGUUUGAAAGAAUAAUGGCAUGAAAAUGAUGAGUUUAUGAGGUAAAGAGAUGGAAAAACUAACGUUUUGUACGCCCUUUUAAUGCUUUGACAAAGAACUAGUGACAGAAGUCUCGAACAACUUUUUGUAUCUCGUUACUGUGUCCAGUUUACAUGAAUGAUUAACUGAGAUAAAUCCACAUUUUUGUGAUCCACUUCCCCAACGACGUUUCUUCAGAGGCCAACCCCUUCAGUAUUUCUUCAUUGCUUUUCCUCUGGUAAAGAAAGUAAGUUUUCUCUUUCAGUGACCCGAUGACAGCAUGCAAGAGAAUUCUGUCAGUAGUUUCAGUAGUUGACCUAAGGCGUUCGACGCCGCAGAUCGCAAUGCUGGUCUGGUGGGAAAGAGGAUAAACUGUGUAUAAAGGUCAUUACUGCGUCCCCAGUUUACUUUUUGCAAGUAAGAACUUGAUGGACCAGUGUUUUCUGUCUGCUUUUAGGGUGCCCAAGGACAAACAGGUGAUCCGGGAGAGUCCGGUAAAGAUGGUACUAAGGUGCGUAAUUAACUGAAUUGCAAAAUAUACCUGCCUAUCAUAAGAACAUACUAAAAAAUAUCGUCUUCAAACGUAGUUGAUGAAGUGUUAAGUGGAAACCCUACCCAACAAAGUUUGUUUUACUAGGAUGCUUAGUCUCAAAUUCUUAACUAUUACCAUAUUCCAUAUACGACUUUUUGGAAUAAGGCCAUCCUUCUGAUUCCUACUGUACAAGCACAGUUAUCUCUUUCGUACCCUUAAAAAUCAAACUUUUAAAUACCUAAAUUCCUCAAAUUUACAAUGAAAAAGCAGAUCAUCCUCGUAUUACCCAUUCAGAUAGGAAAUACACCAGGGAGAUCAAUUGAAAUAAGAACAAAAAACACAAUUAGCAAGUGCUAUCACUUCAGCUGUUCAAUACGGGCCGCCAUGUUACCAUAACGCCUAUAUGCGACAAAACUGCUUGAAGACAGCAAUGCGUUUGUUGAUAUCAUAUUUAUUUUCCUAUUGUAGGGAGAACCAGGUAAACCAGGAGUGGAUGGAAAAGAUGGAGCACCGGUAGGAUAUCUCAUUGAGUUAAAGUGUAACAUUACCGAAGCAAAAGAAGAGAAAACAAAGGAAUUUCAAAAAAAAAAGGAAAAUCCAUAUUAAAUACAUUUGGGAUAUCGGAUUUCCAAACACGUAAACGUCGGCUAAAAAAUAGAGCUGCACCUAGCUUAUUUCCAGUCUCUUUUUCAUGUUGGAUAUCAGAUUUACAUGCUCUUAGCGAUGUUUAGUAGUGAUGAUUAGUUUAUAAAUUGUUGUUUUAGGGUCAACCAGGAACUCCAGGACCGAAAGGUGCUAUGGGACCACCGGUAAGUAAAAGAGUACAUGUGACGUAGUGCAGGUAAAACCACGCUUUCGCCUCAUGUAAGGGAAUCCAAGACAGUCUUGGAUUCUGGAUUCCAGUUUUUGUCAGGGGAACUUGGAUUCUGGAUUCCAAUCGUUAGUGGGAUUACGGAUUCCUUGAGCUGUUUUCCGGAUUCCAAAACCCAGGAUUCUGGAUUCAUAAUCAAAAUUUUCCCAGAUUCCAGAUUCCACAAGCAAAAAUUUCCCGGGUUACGGAUUCCGGAUUCCCUUACAUGUGGCGAACGCUUGUUUUAAUCAUAACGCCCUCCUUCUAGGAGAAUAACGACAGAAAACUUUGUUGUAGACGUCAAACGUUUUUUUUUUUCCACCAUUUACCUUGCCACUAUAUGAGGACCUGCUGCUUCUGAUCUCAGACUCUUCCUGAAAGUUCGCGAUGUGAUUUGAGAUGAAGAUUGCUUGUUAGAUGAUGGGGGAAAUUCGCCAUUACGGCAGUUUUAUAGUUAAACAUUGUCUUUUGAUUUAUUCCGUGCUCCUUCAGCUUGUGUGGUAACUAAACCAUAUUCAGGUCUGUGUAAGAACAGCUUCUCACCUCACCCUUCACUUUGUUUUAUCCACAGGGACCCGCGGGACUCAAAGGAGUGGAAGGACCUGUUGGUCUCCCUGGAGCGCCAGUAAUUCAGCUUUUUUAUGUUAACCAUUGUAGAUUAUGUUUUAUUUUUGUUGCUACGACGUUUUGUUAAAAAAGAAACAACACUUGGUCCUUAGGCACGAAAUAAUUUUUAUGGCAAUUAUUUUUGGUAUGACAUAAGUAGUUUCUAUGAAGUUCUACAACAUCGCCGUUAACAAAGUAAUACUCCAUUUUGCCAUCUCAUUAGGGACCUCAAGGCAUGCGUGGACCACCAGGACAACCAGGUCCCCAGGGGUCAUCGGUAAGUUCUUUCUCCAUCAUUAACGAUUUGUCUUUAAAUGGCGAAGUAUUCUUUCCAGUUUGAAACUGUGGCGCUGGAAUCUCUAAUAUCAAAAUAUUUUAGUUGUAAACGGAGACAAUUACAAUGUACACAUUGAUGAAUUUAUCUUUUCACAGGGGAGGCCAGGUCGUCAAGGAGCUCAAGGAGCACCGGGUGAGAAAGGUUCCAGGGUAAGUGUUAUGAAUAAGCCCUUUCGCAUUUGUUUACCGGGAUGAUCUUUUAAAUAAUAACUGUUCUUUUUCUUUUUUAUAUAUAAAAUAACUGUCCUUGAAAGGUAUUCAAACCAGCAAACAGAAGACAUUUUAAAUGAUUUGGGGAAAAUUCAGAAGUGUAUAAAAGUGGAAAAUGAGACUAGCGGAAGUUCAAUUUAAGAUACCCCUUGCAGUUUUAAAAGAACUGUUUUCCGACUAUUCAACUGACUUAUGAAAAGAUUCGAGAGUACUUUUGUGCCUUUCCUAACCUUUCACGUUCCCAGGGAGAGGAAGGACCUCGCGGUGAGUCAGGACCCGAGGGAAAACCAGGGCUACCGGUGAGUAAUAUACUAUGGACCUAUUUACACCUCCUACAUUCUCAUAUAAUUGUAAAGCGAUAAAGUUAAGCUUUGAAAUGCCUUAAACUUUGAGUUUCUCCUUCAAUAAAAUGAAUCUAGCAAGCCGGCAAAAGGACAUGGUGUGAGAAUAAGUCGUAGUUAAAAGAAAGAGGAGAUUAAUCUGAAUUUCAGCCGAGAGGUUUGUUUUUGGUGGAAUUCUCAGAAAACAAGAGAUUUCUUUCGUAAUUCUAUUGAUUUUGAAUCUAUCUCCUACAGGGUAAGCCUGGCGAGGACGGACCGACUGGACCACCAGGACCGGAGGGAGAGAAAGUAAGUGCUGCCAUGUGGAUUUACCGCAUCUCUGAGAACAUUUUCAGUUCUAAGGGCAACGAAAAUCGUAUUAAUUGUACCCGUCAAAUAUUUUCAAACGAACUCUCCGGAAAAAAUGAAAUGGGGAAAUAUGUGUAAAGGGAGUGAAAGACGGAGUAAACAAACCACAGUUGACGUGAUUUUGUUUAAUUAAAUAAAAAACGAGAAACCUUAAAAGAAAAGGGCUGCCAAAAUUAUUAUCCAGUUCUUCGCAAAUCCGAAUUCUUCCAUAUAUCAAAGGCCGAAAUGGAAAGCAACUCAGUUGAACUCCCAUGUAAUUGUUUCAUUUUUUUCGAUUUGACCACACUAAAAUAAUUUCAUCCACCAGACCUUUAAUGGCGUAACUAUUUCUUAAGAAACUGAGAAUUUCGAGGGACUGUGAGACUUGUAUUAUAAAAUGUGUUGUUUUUCUUGAGGGCGCGCAAGGAGAGUCAGGUACACCUGGAAAGAAAGGAGAACGAGGACCCAAGGUGAUUCACUUCCUUUGUCAACAUGUUGGUGAACUAGCAUACAGGAAAAUGGCCUUCCAAAUUAUGUUCAAUUGAACUGGAAACCAUCACUCGACGCGCAACGUCCAUUAGCUAAUAAAAUGUGUCCCGGCGCGUUAGAUCUUCAGUCUAUUUUUAGAUUCCUUCCUCCUUACCUUCUGUGCGAGAGGUUUUGUGUUCCAAGCCCAGCGUGAUCUCAAUCUUUGUUUGAUGUCUUUCCUUUCCGUGUCGCUUUAAGUAGCUUCAAAUAGUCGUAAAAUGGUUUAAUGAUGGAGAGAGGAGGUAAAAUGAUCUCACCGUUGGCGUUAGGUUUUUUAAUCAGAUGACUAUUUGGAGCUACUGGCGAAACAUAAAGAAUUCUUUACCUUUAGACUUUAGGCAGUUGAUCCCCUAGAUAAAGAGUGUAUCGAGACACCUUGAAGUCGGGAAUAAUAAGAAUUCGACUGCGCCUCGUUUUUCUAACCUCGUUCGUCCAUUUUUAUAUAUAUAUGAGGAAUUGGUAAUGUAAGGUGUAUUAAACACUUGCUUAACUUCAGCCUGAUUUUCAUUUAAGGGUCCCCCUGGUCCUUCUGGAGCUGUUGGUCCUCCCGGAAAACCAGGGCCUACUGUAAGUACCAUUGUCCUUUUUAAAGUUCAUUUUGACAUGCGUACAUACGUUCUUGGAAUAGAAGUGUUAUUUUUCGCGGAAGAUAAGAGGGGGAGGCUGGAAUUCUCGAAGAAAAACCUCUCAGAGCAAGAAAGAGAAACAAUUACAAACUCAACCACGCGAACCAAACACGGUUCACAUCUGUGGAACACGAAUACUCGCACCACUGAGCCCCCCUACUCAAACAUCGUAUAUACAAAGAAAGAUAUAAUCUUUAAAAUAGGUCUGAGAGGAUGCAACCCGUAAGUACUGUCAGAUGAUAUGUACAUUUUCACGAUAUCUCACUUUUCACCCAAAAUCACUUUGCACAGGGUCCAGCCGGUGAAACAGGCCCCCAGGGCGCUCCCGGUCAGAGAGGGGAGAAGGGAAAUGAAGGAGAGCGAGGAUUACCCGGUCCUACCGGAUCUUCGGGCGCUCCGGUGAGUAGCCAACCAAAUUGUACAAAUAACCAUGAGCAUGCGUAGGUUGUCUUUUUAAUCUUAAAUAACCCUGAGUCCCCAAUAAUUUUGUUUCUUUAUCUAACAAAUGCAAUGCCAAAUGCCAGCAAGUAUAUUGUUAUCAGAGAUAGGAAGAUUCUAAAACGCAGAACAGGUAAUUUUAACUUAAAUGGUAGAAUUACAUUGAUGGAAGUUGAUUACGGUUUAUCAUCUUCGCCUUUCUAUGACCUUAAUACCCUAGGUUAUGUUCAGGAAACUCGUUUUUGUAUCUGAUAUCCACUUGCCCUGCUUCAAUGAUUAUCAGCAGUACUGCUUACUGAAUACCUUAAGUGCAUCUCAAGAUUUUCAUUAGAAUUUAGGGUCUGGUUGUCUCAGUAGAUGUUGACUUUUUUUAACAAAGUUUGAUUUAGUCAAUUACCAUUGUUUCGUUCAGGGUGUUCCUGGUCCAAGAGGAGAGAAAGGAGAGCGCGGACCUAGCGGACCACAGGUAAAUAUACACCAGUGGCUGACACGCUGCUGUUCACACAAACGUUUGAACAUGUUUAAGCGUAAACCUUAAAAAUAACCUGAAUCACUUUGCUUUAUGACGGCAACGGCAACAAAAAUUCAGACAAACAAAAGAUUUAGGCAUGGGUCAAACGUUUAACUUGAUAUUUGACGAACCUUACGGUAAUGAACAAAAGAUAAACUCUGUAAGUGCAUGGAACGCCUUGGUUCAUUUCUUCGCUGACACCGCACGACGUGAAACUUUCUGAUGUGGGUUUUCCAGAGGACGUCAAAACACGACGACGAACUUUUCUUUCUUUUUUUCUGAACUUCAAUGUGCGCCCUCAGAAUUCAACUCUGAGACAAUUCGCCUUACAGUUUACACAUUUAGGGAGCUGUAAUAAUACCGUUGUUGAUUAAAGGACGCGAAUUCACUCUAACAUUAACGAUUUUACUGUCGUCGCCUACUACGUUGCUUAAAAUCUCUAGUAGCUAGAGCUCCUAAAAGGUAUUAGUACAGAAGUUAAAUGUUCUAAACCGUUAAUGCCUACUUAUUUUUUUCUUUUCCCUGAGUUCGAAACGUGAGAAAUACUCUUUCGUUCUUUUUUUUUUGUAUUUUAAUGAAUUUUUAUUUUGUUAUGUAUUACAUUUUUUUUACACACUGACUUAUGAACACGUAGGAAAAAUACAAAAAAACGGAAAGGAAAACUAAACAUUUAUACAUCGCAGACUAACACACAAUUACAUACUUACAAAAAAGAAACAAACAAAACAAACCCCAGUACCUUCUUUUCUAUUUACAUGAAAAAAAAGUAGAAUAAAAGAAAUAGAAAAUAAAGAUUAAUAAAUGAAGUAACGGAGAAGAGAUCGUAUGCUAAUCAGAUUUAUAUUUGCUCCAUUUCAUAUUGUGGGUCUCCAAUUGUGGAUGUGUGGAAGAGAUAUUUGUGAAUCAUAUUACCACUCUUUCGUUCUCAUCUAUUCACUAAUCAUAACAUUCAUCGUCUUUUCUUUUGUUAUUUAUUUUACCGCGGCAUUUAGAGCAUGUCUUGAGAGCUUUUUAGUUUUUUUUGUUUGACGUAGUAGUAACGAAGAAAGAAUUUUGUUCUGUAAGAUUUCAGUCUCCUGAUUUCUUUCGUUUGUUGUUAAUAAUAAAGGGAUCGCAGGGCUUAUCUGGACCACGAGGACCACCAGGGCAAGCAGGUGCUAAGGUAAACACAAAAAAUGAGUUCGUCAAUAAAGGGUAUGGAUUUUAGUAUUUCACUAAAUGUGAAAUAUGGGAUCGUUUCAUUUUCGUCAUUAUCAUUUUGACUUUGGUCCAAUUGGGAAUACCACUGUAACCGGAAAUGUUUUUGUUAGGGUGAUCAAGGAGAGCCUGGUGAUACCGGAAGUGAUGGCCGACCAGGAGACAAGGUAACUUAAGCUGCUUCCGCUUCCGUAGGUAAUCAGCUUCAUUUACAAAAUAGGUGACUAAUAGUAUCCAAGAUGACCAAGUAACUCUGCCGCGGGAGAGAGAUAAACACCAAACUGUUCUCUGGCAGAUUUUUCUGCCUCCCCAUCUUCUACAGUGUCACACAUUUGGCCAUCAAAUGGGUAGAAGAGAUUAAAAAUGGCACUAAAAUCAUCUGUAAACCUGAAGUGAUAAUUUUUUUCAGGGAGACCAAGGCCCCAAGGGUGAUGCAGGAGCUCCUGGAAUACCCGGCACUCCGGUAUGUAUCAAAGUCUAAAGACAAUAUAAGACAAGCAAAUGCGACGUAAGCUAUUUUCCUACGUAGGUGAUCUAUAGCCACCUUUUAAACGAGAUCGCUGGGUGAGAAGCGUCGCUAACUAAGAUUUCUUCCGCUGUUAGUCUCAAAGUGAAGUAAUUCUUCCCAAUGAUUCACUGAUAUCUUCGAGUAGAUAAACUUUUUUACAACUCCGUUAGCAGGCAAUACUUAAUUUAAAGCUUUGGUGGUCUUUCUGUCAGCAGCAAUUUUUCAACUCGAAAGACGUAUUUAGUAUAUAAAACAAUGUUGUCAAAUUCAUGUUGGGUAGUAAAGUUAGUACCGGUUAACAGAAUACUUUAAAUUCCAAAGACCAACUUUUCUUCCUAAAACCCUUUGUAGCCCCGUCAAGAUUCGGUCCCUUGGAUAUAUUUUGCUUUCCCUUCCUUUGCUUACUAAGGGGUUGCGCAUACAUCAAGUACUAGUGUCUUUUCUUCCUAAACUCUGUAACAUGUUAACGAAGGUAAUCAGGUUUGCUUUCUGAAUACCUUUCUUCUUUCGUUUACCUUCUUUCUUAGGGUCGACCUGGUUUGGCGGGCGCGAAGGGUGAUCGAGGUGAUUCCGGGCCACAGGUUAGUGUCUACGUUGUAUAUGAGUGGUUUUGUCACGAGCAUAAUCAUAAAAAUCCUGUAAACGAAGGAACUUAUUUUGCAUUUUUGAAUUAUUUUCUCCAUUCCAUAUUAAUGUAGUCUGUAACGUUGACAGUAGAAGAGGAAACUGGAGAAGGGAAAAACCAUAGUGAAACUAUUUAUAUGCCCUUCGAAUUAGAGCACUACAAGUAGAGGAACCCAGAAAUGCCUGCCUUAGUCUUCCACUCUAUUGAACUUAUUAUUUAUUGAAGACCUGAUUGUAUUUCUCUUGCAAUAGGGACCUGCCGGGCAGCGAGGUUCCGCCGGACCACCAGGGGCACAAGGACCAAUGGUGAGUUGAGACAAAGGAUAAGUAUAUACUUAAGCAUUUACCAUCGUAGAUAUACAGCUCCAAGAAGGACUCUUUGAAAAAUGCAUGCGUUAAGUUUUAACAUAACGUUGACUCUGAGAAACAAAUGGUUUUAAAAACAGCCCUCCCGUGUUUAUUUUCCUUUUUGGCUUUACUUUCAUGCGAUAAACCUAUACUAGUCGGCUAGUUAAGUAUCUCUGCUUUAUGGACACUCAUUAGGGGCGUUAUAUCGGCUCGUAAGAUUAUAGAUGUUCGUGUACUCUGUACUACAUGCAUUCUUGACACUCUGUAAGGUAAAUAACAUUUAGUUUGUAACGCUGUCGUGAUUAAAUGUGGCUUCAGUUGAACAAGAUUUUGAACAGAUCAUGGCGGACAAACUCUUCCCCAAGCAGAUUCUUUUAAAAAUGUAAAAAAAAGACGGUAAUUCCGUACAGCAGCUUAAAAUAAUGUAAGUACUAAUUUCAGGCUCCUUAUUUUAGGGUGCGGUGGGACCACCAGGCCCGCAAGGACCCCCAGGCCUACAAGGUGCCAAGGUAUGUCAUGGCCUCUGAGGGCCGUGAACUGCUUGUAUUGACAAAAAUAUACGUAAAUUGUCGCCCGGAUAAUUAGUGGAGCGAGAAAAUUUGAUCAUAGUUCUCCAGUUUUCCGAAAAUUGCGCUGAUACCUAUAAGACAGCAAUUAUAUCUAUGGGACGCUGUUUUUGCGUUUAAAUGUUUGGCGGGUUGUGUCCCAGUUUACCUCGCAUUCAAUCUAGCUACCAGAGCCCAAGUCUCUGGCCGCGUAACGCGUAAUUCACAGCAAUUGACUAACCCUUUAUUCAAAACAGCUGCUGGUCAGCGAUCAUUCCAGUAGCGUUGUCAGUUUGUGGAACAGCCUAGAUAAAGACCUCAAAUUAAGUAAGAAUCAUAGGGAUUUUAAACAGAAACUAAGGCAAACAUUGUUACAGAAAUUUCUUGAUCCCGCGUUCGUUUUGUAGGUUUUAACAUUUUAUUGUACCUUAGGAAUUUUUAACGGAAAAUUAGGUAAUUUUUUUUCUCCUCUUUUGUAGGUAGAUAUAUAUUUCUUAAACCUAUAAAAUGCAUUAUAGCUUUGUCUUGUAUCCAUGAAAAGCCCCUCAGGGGAGUGAACAAUAAACUUCUUACUUCUUACUUAUUUAUCCUUUUUUAAAUACCUUUAUGCUGAAAUCUGUGAGUAACCUUUUUUUUUCUUUCUUAUAAGGGAGCUCAAGGCCCGGACGGGAAAGAUGGAAACCCUGGUCCACCGGGAGCUAGGGUAAUGCUGUUUCUUUGAAAUUUGUUUUUGUUGUAGUUUUUCUUUUUCUUUCUUCCAUUCUUUCUUCCAUUCUUUCUUCCAUUUUGCCUUAAUAUUUACUUUACGCAUUUGCGUUGAACCUGCUCUUGGACAAAGGUUACACCAGUUUGUUCGAUAAUAAAAAUAUAAUUUUUUCAUUUACUGGCACCGCGUUGCAUUUAAAGAAAUAUCUACUCUUCCACCAUCAAACGUAAGAUCGGUUUGAUCUUUCUAAGGAAAGUCACGAUAGCCAAUAAAUAAUCAUUUUGUCUGUUACUGUCAGUUCUUUUAGGUUUGUAUAACAUUAUCAUUGACUUUUCAGCAUGGAAACUCUAAAACAGUAGAUAUUUUAGUGCAGAUUUAUAUAAUUCCUUAUAUUUACUUUAGGGUCCCCCCGGCCCUCGAGGAGAUGACGGAGUCCCUGGUCAACCAGGGCAGCCGGUAAGUAGCAGCUUGAUGGACUUACAUUUUUGCCGUCAGGGAUGUAUCUCACGUAACGUUGUUGCUGUUUAAGGGAGAGCCUGGACCUCGUGGAUUCACUGGUUCGGAUGGUGAUACGGGCGAUAAGGUAUGGACUUAGCAUUUGCUACCAGGCUUUUUCAUCGCAACGAUUGCCAUGAAGGCCCCUGAGUAGGAAAACCUUGAUAAUUUGUCGUGGAAAAUUAAUUAGUUAACCGUGGUAUUUUUGUCGGAAUUGUAUUUUAUCAAUUAGUGAUUGAAGAGGUAAAUGAUUCGCAUUAGGUGUUUUCUUCGGAAUUUUUGUCAGCAUAGCUUUCAUUUUGUUGCUGUUAUUUCUUCCGCUAAUUUUCUUCACGUUUCUAUUCAUAUUGUUUUCUCCGUAGGGUGACCCAGGACCACCAGGACCCCGAGGACCUUCAGGACCUCCAGGACCACCGGUGAGAAUUUUGGUUGAAGGUUACAUAAUUGUUCUCACCAAAUACUCAGUAAUUUAUAAUCUUCUGACCGCAAGUUUUAUUAUCAAAUUAAGAAAGGCACUCUUCAAAUUUCGCCUGCAAAAUAUUUACCAGCAUAAUGUUUUUGGUCAACUUUGUACGAUUUUUAUCAUUCCUAUAAACCAUGAGGCGUUAAGCGUCAAAAGCAACUAAAACGAUGGAGUAAAGUGUUCCUCAUUCAAAGUAAUUGUCGCUGUCUUCAAAAAUAAACUUUCGCAAAGUGUAAGGAAUUUUUCUAACUUAAAAAAUUUAAAUUUUCCUGUUUUCUCUCUAUUUGAAUUUCUCCCGAAUGUAGCCUCAACUAAAAGCUUACUUAAGUCGGUUUGAAUUGUUUCCCUUUCCCUGUAGGGAUCGAGAGGCGACAGAGGACCUUCUGGAGACAGAGGAUCCCCCGGUGCCCCGGUAGGUUAUCGUUCUUACUUUCAUGUUUGAAGGACUAAAACGAAGUGACACAAACUAGUUUGCUCUUCAUACUUCGACUGAAUUGAAUUGAGGGACUGGAGGACGUGCUUGCACUUCCUUCCAAGUAAUGUGAGUGCGUCAAGCUUGGCUGAUUGCAAGCGCCUUUUCCUAAUGAAUUGUGAAUAAUGAAUAUGUUUCUAUAGCGUCAAAUAUUGGUAAUUAAAUUGCUGAAAGAUGUUAAUCAAAAUAAUCGUCUCAUAGCUGAUUUUUAGACCCAAUUCUUGAAAAUAAUUGCAGUUUUUUAGGUUCCAUGGUAAAGGGCUCCUUUUCAUAAAAUGUUUUGACCCCUAACGUCAUGGCGCUUGUUUUCCGCUGUUUGUUUUAGGGUGAUUCUGGACCACAAGGACCACCUGGAGCUCAAGGACCACGUGGUAAUUCGGUAGGAAACUUCUUGUUUGAACCCUCAGACGAUCUUCAUCGUUACUAGUUAGUAUAAUUGACCCCUGAUGAAAAAUACUGAUUUCGCGAGGCAAUCAUUGGUUCUGCUCAGUUUUCAGCGGAGCCACGCAGAGGUGAAAUCUUUGGUUUUGAUACGCCCCACGCAAAUUUUUUAGUGUCGAACUGGCAGCUGAAGUUCAAUUUCAGUUCUUGGCGCUCACGCUGAACAACAGGCACAAUCUCAACAGCUGGAGAUAAAUCUCUUCGUUGGCAAAGGCUAUUCGACAAGACUAUUAGCAGGCAUCUAGUGUAUGACUAGAGAAACGCCGAAAGCUCCCUUUUAGCGAGGUUGCCAAUUUAAUCGGCGGUGGCUAGUUGGUAAACUGGCGGAUAAGGCGUCUAGUCUAUGACUAGAAAAACGCUGCAGACUCGCUUUAUUUGUAUUAAUUCCUUCGGCUUUAGUGGUCGUUGAUGUUUACAAAGGGCUCAAGGGGGGUUGCCGAUUAAUCGGUGGUGGCCAGAAAAUCGCGUGGGUCGCAUUACUAACUACCCCUAUGCCAAGCUGUUCCAGCUUGGCUUAGUCCACUGAUCAAUCAUUUUCGCAUACCUUAAUACAACCGAGCAUGAAUAUGAAUGCCGUUGAAUAGAUUACUCCUCCUAACAGUUUGGUCUCGGUACCCGUCUUUUUUCGCUGAAUACCAACGGAGAUUCGAUUGGUAAUUGACGAAACAAAGCUCUCAAUUUCUUUUCAUUAAGGGCCUUGUGCUAAAAUAUACCUUUUCAGAAAAAGAAAACCAGGAAAAAUAACGUCAUGCUCCUCCUCCUUUAAUGAGGAAAGAACUACUUUGGCGGAGCUUUGCUGUAAGCCGAACGUAAGAUUUUGCCUUGCACGAAUAUUUUUUGGUACUUUGCCCCCCCCCAUAACUUUUCCAAUGGUCCGUCUCCGUCCCUAAAAGUCAUGAAAGGGCUGUCAUUUCAUGACAGUCAUGACAUGGAUGUGUCGGUGUGAAGAGGGUGUAGAUAGUGAGCAAAGUCCAAAACAAAGAAUAGAAAAGAAUGUAAGAGCAUUGUUACGUCGAUUACCAAUCGAGCCUCGGUAGCAAGCUCCUCAUCUCCAACUCUAUACGUUUUUUAGUUUCAAGUGUCAACGUAAACUUUUCACCUUAACUUUUUUAUAUAGUUUUCGCGAUAGAGCAACGAAGGAAAGUGUUUGUACAAGUUCCCAAACCCUUACUCCACAGUUCCUCUAAGCGGUUCACGGGUGAAGUUAGUUCUUGGGUUUGUAAUUCAGUGGUAACUUAAGUCGACUUAUACAAGUUGAUUCUUUCUUUUCAUUAGGGUCCGAAAGGAGAAAAAGGAGAUCAAGGUAGUCAAGGGGAGAAAGGAGAUAAGGUAUAAAAAUUAGUUCGUAAAGAUCAUCUACUGAAUAAAACUUUAUUUAAUUUGCAUUGAGAUUGCUUUCACCUAAUUACCAUUAGUGAUUUUGCAUAAAUGAGCUUACAUGCAAGACUUUAGUCACCUAGGCUGCUCGGAUAGGUCAGCGCUUAUACAACUAUAGAAAAAAAUAUACACUCAAGGAGGAUUUCUCCUUUUUCUGUUCAUUUACGUUUCCUUUUUCCAGGGAUGGCCUGGUUUCUUUGGUCCAACCGGAGUUGCAGGUCCUGUAGGCGAUAAGGUAUGACUUAAGAAAUACUAAAAUUCAGUCGUUAAUAAUUUUGCCAAUCAAACAACAAUUUUAUCGAUAUUUGCCUGCUCCUUGAUGCACGUUUUCUAAAUUUGGUCAGCGUUAGCUCAUUGUGAAAAACAAGCCGAUGACAAACGGAGAAAUAGUUUGAUUGAAUGACAAUAGCCUUAAUUGAGAGAUUAAGCUUCGCGUUUACGGCAAACGUGAGAUUGAACUUGAGAAAUUUUCAAAACGAGAGAUAAGCAGAUGAAAACAGCUGAAAACAAUUCUUAUGGAUAGAAUUGGCGUGAAUCUGCCGAUUUUCGUGUAGUUAUAAUGAACAGUAAACGUCAAGUGAAUGGAAAACUUUGUCAGGUGGUACGAAUACACGUUUGCCGUUUGCCGUAAACGCGAAGUUCAAUCUCUCUAAUGUAUGGUGAAAUCUAAGGUAACAACUGUGACUAUUUCUCUUACAGGGUGAUCCGGGCCCUGCAGGACCGCGUGGGUUCCCAGGCCCUAAAGGCGACAGGGUGAGUAUGGUAUCUGUACGUAAUGACUAUACAUCACAAAAUCAGCGCCGGGGUUUCAAUUACAUAUUUCUCAGUCGCUUCGAAUUCAUUUUGGUGUUGUUAUCGGGAAGUGGUGAACAUACCUCAAGUGUAGGCGAAUUUCCCUGGAGUUGAUUUCUUGGGGACCCGAGUCAAGUUCAGAAAGAGAGAGAAAAAUCGUCGACGCUUACUAACGUGAUAUUAGGCAUUUUCACGUGGUAGUCGUGCAGUGACGGCAAAGAAAUGUACAAAAAAGUGUGACGCACGUGAAAAGUUGUUGUUGUUGUUUUUUCUCAAUAAAACUAUUACUUUUUGGCCGUUCUUUUUGCCGUCGCCGUCGUCGUUGCUAAAGCUACCUAAUGUUAGCACUGUUUAGAUAAAUGCAUUUUUACUUUAUCCCAGGGAGAAGACGGAUCCGAUGGACCUCCCGGCCCACCAGGACCUUCGGGGCAAAGGGUGAGUUGUUUUACUAUAAAAAUGCCCUUAGUAAGUAGCCAGCGAAUUGACCUCUAAAUUUCGGCUCCGGUUUUCAUUCUGACGAUGUUUAUUUCGUAGUAAUACUGUCAGAUCAGAACAAUUUCAUUUCAUAUCGCAUGUCUUGUAUUCACACUUAAGACAUGACCAAAGUCUCCAACGGUUGUCUUACUCCGUAAUUGGCAAUAGAAGAGGCACGGGAUGGCGUGAUGUUUUAUCAACCGAGUUGAUGUUAAUUGACCACCUGUAAAAAUAUUAAAGGAUGGCGUGGCUGUUUUAACUCAACCGAAAACAGUUGGUUUUAAAAAUUGACCACCGUAAAAAUAUUAAAGAACAGAUUUUUAGCGUCUCUCCCCAGUCUCGCUCUCUGUUUUCAGCCUCAUUCCAGACCUUUUGUUGACUGCUCGCGCGUACUUGAAUACGCAAAAAUACGGACUGUUUUGCAGUCUACGAUUUACAGGUAAAAAGAAAUUUCAGCAUCCUGUUCAUAAAACCAAUUUUUGUCUUUAAUCCCCCACCAUUCAGCAGUAGCACUACCUUCGACUCUUUGUUACUCGAACCUGGCGGUAUCGAUAAAACUGUUGAUAACCUUUCUGUUUUGAUUUUUUUUUCUGUGCUGUAGGGAAGAGCUGGCUUACAGGUUUGUAGUGUCUUACAUUUUCUGUUUUAAAGUUUGUUUGGUUGCCUCGCCUGUCUAGUCUCUAGUACUAAUUCUGUUUUCGUUUUCUCAACUGAUAGGGUACCAAAGGAGAUAGAGUGAGUAAACAACGCUUUAAAUAUUUCAUAAACCUUUGAGGUCAAGAAACAGGGUGGGCCAGGGUUUUGGAGUGAACUAUUACAGGGUUCAGUUAAAUCUGGUGUACGGUAUACGACACGUCUUUCGUAUUGGGGCAUUUUGAAGAAAAUCCUGGAUAUUUUGGGGUAUAUUAGAGAAGGCUUAUUCGUGACAACAUUUCCAGGUUUCCUUUCAUCUGGGUUUUUAAUUCAGUUAGAAGCAUUUUUAUGUCUUGCCGGAGUAUGUCUACCUACGCUAGCAUUUUUUGGGACAAGCGGCAAAUAAAAAUUAUAUUGAGCAAGAAUAAAAUGUUUAAUUAAGUCUAAUUGUGUUUAAACUCUGACGAAGGCUCGAGAAGAAACAAGAAAUUGAAGGGUCAAGUUUAGAUCUGUGGCAUAAAGUGACUUUCAUCAAUAUGUUAACUAUUGUUUGUUUUAUUUUAUUUCUAUUUUGCAUAGGGAGCUCAAGGAGAGAGGGUGAGUUAAUUUGGAGCAAAUACAGCACUUUAUUAAAAAUGAACCUAUGAACCCUAAGGAAAUAUGCGUCCAUAAAGGAAUUUUUUUGUUAGUUUUCUUUAUCGCUUUGAAUUUUCCACGCCUUUGGUUUGUUGGGGUCAGAUUGCUAACCAAUAAGCGAUGUGUAAAGAUAUAGAAAGACCGAAAUGGGCGAAUCAGUUACUUUUAUUCUGUUGUUGUUGUUAUUGUUUUUUUCUGCAUGUUGUCUAACCUCGAGCGUUGUUGCUUUUGUUCUCAUUGUAGGGUGACCCUGGAAAUCCAGUAAGUGAAAAAUAUUCCCUAGUCCUCGGUUUGAAGCUUUAUAUAUGUCGUUUCUUAAUUUUGUCCUUUAUUAAAAAUAUUACCAUACCAAAACAAAGGAAAAAUAUAUUUAGAGAAAAGGAGAAAGUUGAACCUUAGCAUCUUUAUUCAUCACCUCACACGUGAAUGGGACUGAACUUGGGGGGUUCAAGGAGAAAAUUGUCGAAGUUCAAAUAGCCUGCGAGCAAGCUCCCCAUUUAGUGGAGCUGUGAGAAGUCACGCGAGAGCAGCACGCGAAAGGAAACGCGAGUGCGGGAAGCGGGAAAAGAAAGGGCUCCGCCCCUCGCGGCUCGCUUCGCUCACCAUAAAUGGAGUACUUGCUCGCAGGUUAAAAGGGUCGAGACACUGAUUUAGUUAUUUAAUUUCAUUUUUAUUUGCUUUUUUUUAGGGAUCACCCGGGCCACCGGUAAGAUCUUCUACUUUUAUUUGUUUUUCGUUUUUGCGUCAGCCUGUUUUUAUUUGUUCCUUUUACAACUUAAAAAGAUUUGCUUACCCUUGUAUCGUUUUCAUUUAAACAGGGACCUCCUGGAGACAUUGUAAGUAGAUUUUGUUGAAAUAGGUCAUGUUUAAUAAGUUUAAAAGUUCUUUCUUUUUAAUUAGAGUCUUGCCAUGUUCUAAGUGAGUUUUGUUACGUACGACCGACUUUGUUGGUGAAUUAUUAUCAAGUCUUCUCUUAUCAGCAGAGGAUUCUAUAAGUAUAUAAAAGAAGAUCUAAAAAAAAGCCAACAAAUAAAUUAACAGUUCUUUGCCGAAAGAUCUGAUCAUGACCAUUGAUGAUAACUCCUCUAGGCCAAGAGUUUAUAGCGUCUUUAUAUCCCUCCUUAGUCACCAGUGGAUGAUAUUAUUUCUUACUCUUGCUUUUCUACAGAGCUCGUAUCUAAGCCGAGGCUAUUUAGUGGCUCCUGGUGGAAUACAGACCGGUGCUGAUAAAGGAAACACCAGGAAGCGACGAUCGGUGGAUUCUUCGGAUUCUGAGACGUCCGAGUCACAAGGACUUAUUCAGUCACUAAGAGAUGAGAUCGAAAGUAUUAAACGACCAAGUGGAACACAGAAAAACCCAGCACGAACUUGUAGAGAUCUUUAUAUGUGUAAUGGAAAUAUUAAUGAUGGUAAGUAUAGCCUGUGAACAUUAUCCCGAGAGAGGGUGGUGAGAGGCGCAGGAGGCUCUCCCCCUCCCCUUCCCUGUCUGCUCGCGCUCUCUAGGUUUCUCUUUGUCCUGUAGCACACAAGAGGGCCUGUUUACGGAGCGCCGAUGCUAGAAACGUCCAUACUAUAUCCCGUGCUAAACUAUUUGUUUUUCUUGUUGUUGUUUUGUUAUGUUUUUUAAUGCAUUGAUAUUGUUGCCUUAUUUUAAAUGAAAUAAAUGAUUGAUAUCAUUUUUUUUGUGUGACUGCAAGGUUUGUACUGGAUCGAUCCUAACCACGGUUGCAGCGGAGACGCUAUUCAAGUAUUUUGUAACUUCACUGGUGGAGGACAAACCUGUAUACAUCCUGACGUCAACACGAAACAAGUGAGAAGGACUCCUUUGUCUUUCAAAGUUACGAAGUUAAAUGUCUACAAAUACAGCAUACUGUUUAGUUUGUUGUUUUAUCCUCCAGUUUCCCCAGGGUUUACUUCUUGGAAUUCCCCCGUAUAAAAGCUAUCUAGGUAUGUUCCGCCCGACCCGAGAGGGUAUGGUUCUUCCCCUUUUGGUCUGAAGGAGGGAAAGGUUUUGGUUUUUCUGGUAACAGGGUCUGGAUUUGAGUAUGUCUUUUUAUCAUUUUUCUGCCGAGAAAAGUGGUUUUGAUGUCUAAAAUUCAGCUGGAGGAAAAUCACAUAUUUUGGUCUGAAAUAAGAAAGCUUCCGGGAAUCAUGCCACACACAUCUUCCUCCCCACCCCAGGGAAUUGCCACGGGAGAUUCACUCAUUAGUUUCUUAAACAGUCAGAUGAGUUAAGUGUAUAGUAUAGUUUAGUGGGUAGCUUUGACGUGAAAGCAGUUGAGUCAUGCCUAUAACAGUCAUCACUUUCAUAGUUGAUAUAUGGAAAUCUCCAGGACCUGAUUGUUCAAAAGUUGGAUAGUACUAUGCGCUGGAUAUGUCACUAUACAGUAGACAAGUAUUUGGAAUAGCAAUUGUCUCUCAUUCACGUAUUAGAGAAUUAUCCACUGAACAACCUUAUCAACCUUCUAAAGAACGAUUAGUCAGCCCGCCUGACUAGUCCCAUCGGUUUGCUUAUGUCAGAGAGCAAAUUCACCGCUUUUUAAUACUUUUUUUAAUAGGGCCCUAACAAGAGAUGGAAAAAGUUAACAGGAGCUGAAUGGUUCAGUGAAUACGAAGGUGGUUACGAAGUAAGGACAAAAAUCAGUCACUAUCAUUAUCGUGCUUAAAAUUUCGCUUAAUCCUGGGUUAAACUUAACCAUCUUUCUAGGAACUGAGCUCAGGACGGCAGAAAGAAGAGGAUUGCAAAACGCUUGAGUGUGACAAACGUGACGGGGCCAUUAUUUGCGUGUUUUGUCAGGAAUUCAAUUAACAUUGAUGUUUUUUGCUCUUCUACAAAAAGAUUUGUUUAAAAGAAUGUGAAGUUUGGCGGAAGGUUUUUUCAAACAAAAUUAUUGUCACGCUUGUCACACAAGGUUUGCCGUCGUCUUUCCUCACCCGUCCUUUUGCGUAAGUUCACUAAUAUUAAAGACAAGAAAGAAAUAAAACUUGAUACAGGUCACUUUUUUUUGUGGAGAUGGGGCGGGAAUAUAUGAAAAAGACCCGUCAUUUUUACCAUGCCUAGCAAUGCAACCAUGACGUUUUAUCUUUGAACUAUAUUUUAGAUUUCUUAUACUGGAGUGGGUAAGACACAGCUGAAUUUCUUACGACUACUAAGCGAAAAAGCGACACAGAUGAUCAAUAUUACCUGCACGGGAUCACAGGGAUGCUUUGAUAGAAACAGUAACAUUGUGGAAAAAGCCAUCAAGCUUCAAGGAGCCAACGAUGGUGUAUUAUCUUUCAUGAAAGAUGACGACUCAAGCAUUAAGAUCACACAGGUAAUCGUACAAAGUCAUUUUUACUGCGCUUUUCACAAACGUGCGAAUUCUGAAGUUCAAAAGCCAACUGACGAUUGUGUUUUUCACUGCCAUCAAUCAUCUUAACGGACCUCUUACAAAACUUUACAUCAACGCGUUCAAUAGGUCAUGGUCUGUGAUUUGUGAUUGGUCGAUUUCGAUCCGUUUUGUGUUUCAAGGUUCGUUGCUUGUGAUCGUAAUUAUUAUUGACGUCAGUGAAAAGCGCAAUUGGCCGCUUUUGAUCUUUAGAGUUCGCAUGUUUGUGAAAAGCGCAGUAAAUCUCUGUGUUAUCUGCUUCCGUGUCAAAUGUGUUGACAAAUUCCGAGAAAAAUAUUUCUAAGGCUUGGCGGCUUGGCCAUUAAAUCUGUAAUCAAUAUUGUUCCCCAAAGAUUUUUUUGCAUACUGCUCCACUGUCAACACUACUUUCAUUUUGUUCUACACUAACUCUACACUUCCGUUUUAUUGUGAUGUCGGCACUUGAUAUGUUGUAACAUACAAAUCCAAGAGUUAUUUACUUGUGGCAGACCGAUAUUUCUUUUUCGCCGGCUAGCGCAAUUUUGUGCAAGGUGUUCUCGGUUUUGGGCUUCUUUGAGGACUGGGUAUGAACUGGAAAAGUUUGCUUUUCUAAAAAAGUGCAGAUUAAAUUUCAACUUCCUCACAAACCCCGUCCACCUUGUUUACUGACCAAAAUUUCAUGAAUUUCUCAAAACGUGCGAAAUAGUCUUUUUUACUUGGAUUUUUAUUGUAACAAUUUUACAAAGCCUAGAAGACCACAGGCUGCAAAUGCAACGUUACUCGUAAAUCUGCUUUGUAAUACGUACAUCUCGUUUGAAUUGCAGGUUCGCAAAGAUUGGAAAGCUGUUAUCCAGGUAGAAACCGAGGACCUCAAUCAAAUGCCUAUAGUGGACUUUGCCCCCGGUGAAUUUCUGACAUCGAAUGAGUUCGGUUUCGAAGUUGGGCCCAUCUGUUUUAGCUAGUGCUAAUGUACUGGAGAUACCUUUUUCUUAACUUAAUUCUCCAGAAAAACCCACUAUUAAAGGUUGUUUUCCUGUUUAACUAGUUAGUUUAGUUAUUUUGCAUAGUAUUGGUAGAGCGAUUUUCGUAUGACCUUGAAAAAUGGUUUCGGUAAGUGUUCGUUAUCUGUUUUAUCAGCCAAUGGAUGAAAAGAUCAAAACAUGGCCUCUUAGUUUUCCCGCCGAAGGAAACCCUAAUAUGGAGUAGGCAUUGUUCGAUUGGCCAAUCGUGUUGCAGUAUGACGUCAAAGCGAAGUAUGGGUUGGUUUCUAGAAAAUUCUCGAGCAUGAAGUUUUUUCACCCGAGUGUUCGCUAACCAACCAAAAGCCACCCGCUUUUGUAUGUGUUCGAUAAACCAAUCAAAUCGCUCUAUUUCUGUUCGUUUGUUGUUUCUGUAUUGUUCGCGCGUUUUUAUUUCAAGGUCAUACGA